AAGAAGUGUAGGCUCGUGACAAGUCUGUAACCGAAUAUAGAUUUAACAAAAUUAAAAAAAAAGGUUUAGCAAGCAAGCCAGGGCCUCAAAGGUAAAUCGAUUAAGAUGAAUACAGCUGUAUGCUAAGUAUUAUUUGAUCAUAUUCGCUAUUUGGAAUCAUCGAAGUGUUUUUGGCUUAAUCUCAGUAGCGCAGAUUCAGGACGGCCUUGCCUUGCAAGUUGUAAGUGGAGAUGCGUAGAGUCCGUAUCCGCUUCCUUUUACUUCUUUCAAUUUCAAGUUUAAGGCAUACUUGUUUACCAGAGACCUAAUGACAUUCUUAAUAUUCACUAAUAAAAACAAGUUUGAUGAUCCCUCCCAUUUUAUAUACGAUAGAUAGUUUAAUAUUUAUUAAUUUGCCUAUAAUAAUUUUUUUCAUGAAUUGCUUAGUAGGGCCUUAGCCUUAGUAGGCACUUUCAUAAAAAAUGUAAAUAUUUUUGUAAAUUUGGAGAGAUAGCACCUUGGCCGCCAUCUUGGUUGCAGCCAAUGUUCCCUAUAAGCUGCGCGGCCGCGCAGCUAUGUCACAGACACUGCUCGCAGCAAAUUUACAUGUAAGUGUUUGUUUGUGAGCUGCAAAAUUUUGCAAAAAAAAAAAAAUUGAUGCACACAACUAUAUGAUUUUGCACACGAACCAACAAACUUUAGAGGGAACAUUGGUUGCAGUGACCCAUGAACUUAUGUCCUAAAUGUAUCCCUAACCUAACCUGAACCCUAAAUCUAUCCCUAAACCUAACCUGAACCCAAAACACAUCUCUAGCAUGGGUUUUUGACCCUAUCUGAACCAGAGUUUUGACCCUAUCAGAACCAGGGACAAAACAAUCAAAUGACGUCAGGGUGCUAUCACUCCAAAUUAGCCAAUUUUUUUGUAAAAAUAAUAAGCCAAUGGCAUAGUUUAAUAUGGCUAAUUUAAAAAAAAUAGAAUUAUAACACCAAGAUCAUAUUUUUAGCUGUUGUAGUUUUAAAGUUAAGAAUUUUCAAGUACGAAUUUGUUUGUCCUUUUUUUUUUAACAUGGACCACAUCUCGACAUUCUGUGACCCAUUCCACUGUUCGCAUCACGAGCUAUAUAACUCUCAUUUUAAUGAUCAUUUAUUUAUUUAUUUAGGCAUUUUUUAAAUAGCGCUUACCUUAAAGCUCUAAGCGCUUUACAAUUAUUAAGAACAUGUAAACUAAGUAAAAUAAAAAAUGAGACACUAGGAUAGUAAAUACUAUACUAUAGAAACAAUUUCAUAUGACUUUUAUUUUCAGAACUAAUGCUGUAUCAACAAAUAAUUUUAAUAAUGUUAUACAAUUAUAGAGAUAUCAGUAAAUUUAAUUUAAUGUAUUAAUAUAUGGCUUUUAUGUUUACCAAAUCUACGGCGUCUAUUAUACCAGUGUAUGCUAUAUAGUCUAUAUAAGACAGGGCAUCCCCUUAAUGACUUAAUGUUACUAAAAUAAUGUUUGGGGACUACUUAUUUUGAACUUUCAACUUUGGCUCAUGACUAGUUAAUUUAAGCUUUCCCUGACGAAUGGUUUAAUAGUUUUUACACAAAGUAAACUUUUAUGAAUGAAAACUCUGAGAUAGUACGGUAUAACCAUUAUGCAAGUGACUGUGAAUGGCAACCCAUGCCAUGGCCAUGACAUUUUGCACAUGGGCAUGACAUUUUGCACACAGCAAAUUAUGAUCAUUUGUAAUGUUGACAUAAGUUAUCAAUUAUUUUGCUGUAAAUAGUGGUAAUAAUUAAAUAUUUUCUAAGUUGUCAGCUUCUUUCACCAUUAAAAAGGGGGCAUCGCCCACGCCAUGUCGAAAUUAGACUCAGCGACCUUAUGGUAAUGCUGGUUCUGGGGAAAAGCGUAACAAGCGUCGGACACCAACUUCAUCAAUGAGAAUUGGCAUACAUAUAGAUCAAUAUAUAAUGGCAAUAAUGCUUUUCACAAUUUAAUAUGAAAGACAUUUUUAAACAUUUCAUUUAAAAAAUUGAAGGAAAGAUGCCUUAUAUACACAGUAUGUUGGAAUGUAGGUCAAGAUGUCCCCUAUUGUGAACAUGGGGAAGAAUACCACAAUUUUGUGACAAAAUAGCACUUUUAUUAAUGGAAAGCACCAAUCCACCAAGAAAUUAAAAACUUGGCUUCUUCUUUUUAGUACCUGGCAUAAUAGGCUUAGUUUAAGGCAAUGGCUACAUCAGUACUGAUUAAAAUUAGGUGCUUAGGUGAAAAAAAAACACAAAAAAAACAAAUAUUGCAGUUUUAUAGAGCAAAUUUCAAAUUUAAAAAUUAAACGAGAAUCAACUUUAUAGCUUAAAAGUACUUUUUGAGCUAUGAAUUUUUAAAGUACCAGUACUGUUUGGUAUUUUUUACUAUGAACUGCACCUCCACUUUCACAUCUUGUGACCCCAUUCCCCUGAUCGCAUUAUGUGCAAUAACUCUUGUUUUAAUGAUAAUUUAAUGCAAACUGUAUUUCAGGAUUAAUCUAAAUAUUGAAAGUUCUAAUUUUAAAAUUAUUAUAACAAUAUGUAAUUAUAAAUAAACUAGUGAGAACCCGUCAUGCGUUGCAAAGCCACUCAAAGAAAAAAAAUUGUGCUAUAAUUAUGUUCUUGAAGUAAUUUUUAAAUAGAAAAUAUUUUUUUUUUCUGUCUGGUGCGUACACAAUUAAAGCUUGUAGCAAUUGAUCCACCCAUGCAGUGCUCUGAUUGAAAUUAUAUUUAUAUAGCUCACAUGAUAAAAAAAUAUAUAAAAAAUUAAGGCCCCCCCAGCCCCAAAAUCAAAAUUGAAAAUGGUUGUACCAAUUCAGAAACCUACUUAGUAUGUCACACACAAACUGAAAUGUCGCUUUUUUAUUAGAUUAAAUUUCAUCCAUCCAUGCAAUAGCUCUGUUUGAAAUUAUAUUUAUAUAGCUCCUUUAGCCUAUAAGAAAAAAAUAAUUUAGGGCUCCCGGCCCCAAAAGGAAUAUUUCAAAAUGGAUAACCUAAUUCAGAAACCUUUGCAGGCUUACCCACAACAACUUACCAAAGGUUUAUUAUAAUUGGAUGAAUGUAUAGGAACGCAUACGGAAAUCAUAUUUAGCUCAUGAAAGGAAAAAAAAGGAAUUUAGGGCCCCAGGCCCGAAAUGAAAUAUUGUAAAAUGUUUAUAAUAAUUCAGAAAAAUUUGCGGGCGUGUGAAAAACAACUUGCAAAAGUUUUAUCACAAUCGGAUGAAUAGUAUAGGAGCGCAUACAGGACAUACAUACAUAAUUAAUUUUAAAUAUAAUUUAUAGAUAAAGUUUUCAGAAUAAAAGAUACCUUUUGCGCAACUAUUCAAGGAAGUGUUCUAUCAAUCUGUUAGUAAGUCUGUUGGCCGAUCGGUCUGUCUGUUGGUAGGUCUGUCUAUCUGUGAGUAUGUUGGUAUGUCUGUCAGUCUAUCUGUCUGUCUGACGAUCAUCUAUCUAUCUAAGAAAAUCUUAACCCACUUCUAUUUUGAAAAUUAAAUUUUCACUUGAGCAAAAUGAUUGUGUUUUGAUAUUCAUGGGUAUAAUUAUGUAAAUGUACUUACGUUUUGUUAAUGUCAUUGAUAUUCUUAAUUGGUAAACAUAUGUUCAUUUUUAAAAAUUUAAAGAUAUUGUCAUCCACGUAAAAAUUUACACACCCUAUUUCCUAUCCCCGAUAUAUAUGUACCUAAGAAGGUUAAUUAAUUAUCAAAUUCAUUCUGAGCCGUAUCUUGUGCUGCCUUGGGCAAAAUGAAAGUAUCGUUUUACACACACACACAUGCACGCACACACAAACGAAAUUAAGAAAAAUUAAUAAAAUUAUCCGCGGGAUUGUAACCGCCUUACUUAAGCAAAAACAAUUUUUUUUGUAUUUCAUAUGCUUUGUUCUUUUUUAAAUGAGUGAUAAGUGCAUUAGUGAUUGAAAUUUGGCUGUGUAGUUUUACUGCACUGAUUGAAUUACAUCAUCACAUUUGGAGAUGGCGUCGGUGGAUCUUAAUACCCCCCCCCCCCCCGGCCACCCCCAACACGGCCCGGCAUACCUGACUGCCAGACCGUCCGGUCGACCCAAAAUGCUGCGUCUAAAGUGUUUGCAGUCCACUCUCCGCGGGUCAGAGCGGCUUUGCUUCCUCUCCGGGGGAAGGUGUUGCGUAACCACUCCCUUGGUCCAGGGAGUCCUUUGGUUGGGACGGAGGUGGGACGAAACGGUCGCCUAGGAGCGGCUUUCUCAGGACUGUGUAGUUUUAGCCAUCGGUAAGGGUUUUGUCUGCCACCCUGACCUCAUAUCUAUUAAAGUAAAGCGAAGUGAUUGAAUUAAACGGCAUUAUCUUAUUAAAAGUUUAUUUAAAGGUAAAGUUUUUACUAAUUUAUAAAUUUCAUAAAAGUAUUGUUUUGGAAUGAAUAAAAAGUAAAAACUUAUUAAAUGUUAAAAAUACAAAGCUAAAUUUGUAUUUAAUUUUAGCAAAUUUUAGCAAUUCAAAAAGCAAACGAUCAAAUUGAUUAAUUUUACUUUUAAGAAGGGGGAAAUACGUUAUCAAUUUUGUCAAAUUGGCUAAAUAGGCAAUUUACCCUAUGAUGUCAUUUGCAUUAUUAUUUAAAACAAAAUAAUUUUAAUUUUAACUGAUGUUUGGGUUUUCCAGAUAAAUGUGAUUAUGGUGUAAUUCUUUGAUCAUAAUUUUUUAAUUUUUUUUCAUUUUUUCAUAACUUUCAAACACACAUAACAUUCUUAAAAUAGUUCCUUAGUUGAUACUUUAAACGUAUUUGUAAUUUAUAAUAAUAAGACUUAAACUUUUACUAAAAUAAAAGUGGAUAUGUAAUAUUUUUUUCGCAUUUAAAUUUGAUUUCUGUAAAAUAAUAGAAAAUAACUAUGAUCAUUUUUUAGAAUCCGAAUGUUUUUAAAUGUUUGGCGUUACAGUCAGCAUAGUUCAUUCUUAUAUAUAUUAUAAUUUAUCUUGCUUUAUAUUAUGCAUUAUUACAUUAAAUACGAUAUGGAUGUUCUAUUUAAUGCGUCUAGCAUCAAUUAUAUAUUAUAUUGUCUAUAUAAAGCAUUGCAAGGCAAGGCGUCCCUUAAAAAUAAUACUGGUUUGAGACUAUUUAUUUUGUACUUUCGACUUUUGCACAUGACUAAUUAAUUAAAGCUUUCUCUGACAAAUGGUGUUUGCACAUGGCACAUUAAUUCUUUUAUGAAUGAAACUAUGAGAAAAAUACUAAGGUGAUAUUAGCAAGAGACUGAAUGGCUGCCCAUGAUGUUUUUGCACACAUAGCAAAAUAUGAUAAUUUAUACAGGGUUUUUGGUAUCUUUAUACAUAUAUAGGGCCUAUGGCCUAUAGGUCUAGAAAAGUAUAUUAUUUUAAGUAUAGGCAUAUCCCCACUCCAACUCAUUAGUGGGACCUCUCCCCUAUUAUCACAAUUUAAAAACAAAAUAAAUUGGGACACCCUCGUCACACAUGGUCACAAAUUAUACUUUUUUAUUAAAAUAUAAAAAAAUAAUCAAUAUUUACUUAACUUUGGCUCUGAUUUUCAUUGAAAUCAUUUUUAAAUGAAAAAAAUAGAAUACACUUACACAAAUUAUAUUUGUAUAACUAGAUAUUUUGAUACUUUACCAUACACCGUUAGCACAUAAAGAAAAAUUAUGUAGUUUGUUGUGGCAUGCUUCUGGCUUGGGAUUUUCGGUGACCUCCAUUGAUUUCUCUUUUUGUUUUAACGGUUUAUAAAUUGAUGGAUUUCAUUAUCAAUGACUUACAGUAGAUUCUCUUCUGAGCAAGCCAAUUUGAAUAUAGAAACGAGGCUAUUCAUUUUUCACUAAUUGUAACACAGCAAAAAUGAUUUAAAGCUUUAAUCAGCAAAUACUUUUUAAAAAAAAAAAAAUAUGCAUUGAUUCCAACCCCAUAUACAUUAUAGUUUAUCCAAUUUAAAAUUCUUGCCCUGGAAAACAAUAUUCUAGCCCAAAAUGGCUUACUAGAAAUGGAAAAGAGAAAGUCUGCCAUUUUUUUAAUAGGUAUGCCAGAAGUGGCUCUUGCAUUUUUUUUAUAUUAAUGAAAUAAAAAAGAAAAUACUUUUUUUUAGCUUCGCCAUCUUUACAAAUCUUACAUAAAAGUUGGUAUUAGUUUCGUUACUGUAUGAAUAAACCUAAAAUUUUGUGCAGGUGGAAAAUAUUUUUUAAAUGUGACAAUUAAAAAUAUUUCAAUUAAAAUUACUUCUACAAUUGAAAAAGAUUUAUUAAUGAAUAUUUUUGGCGUGGACAUCUUUAUUUUAUAAAUAGAUUUAAUAUUUGAUUAUGAAAUCAAAUUAAUACUGGGUAUCAGAUUAUAGUUUAUUAAAAUUAAUUAUAGGUUAAUUUACCAAAAUAAGACUGUUAUCUCACUUAGUUCAUAGGCAUACUAUAUAAAAAGUAGUUUUAACCGGCCGAUAUUUUAUGUAAUAUAAAAUUAAUAAUGUAGGCCUAAUACUAUUAUACCAAACUACACUGUCACUUACUGGCCUAAAUUAAGUUAGUAUUUUAAAUUUUAAUAAGGUACUUAAUUAUCAAAAUUAAGUAAGGGUCUCAGUUAAUGUUAUUUUCUUAUAUAUACUAACUGUAAAAUAAUAUUUCACAUUGGAACAAUUCCAAUCAGUGGCAUAGGGCAGGGAAAAAAAGCGGAGUGGGUGUGCAAUUAGCCAUAUAUAUAAUCGCUCAUAUUAUGGAGUUUAGUAUAAUUUGAAGGUAGAUAAUAAUUUCAUGCAUUCAUUUUAAAAAAGAAUUUUUUUCUUUUUCCAAAAUCAUGCAAAGAUCUAGUCUUAAUGUUAUAUAUUUGUUGUGUAUCAGUUAAAAAGACAAUGAAAACAUAUUUCUCUUAUUAAAAGGGACAAUAUUAGCAUUAAGAUUAAAAAGGAGAUUAAAAUUGAUGGGUGAAACAUAUUUUUCCCAGAUUAGUUUGAAUUAAUGUGCAAUGAUCCUAAAAAAAAAUAUACUCAAAUGAGACUAGCACUAAAUAAUUAAUAUAAUAUAGUUAUAAAAGUGUGCAUGAGUUUCUAAAAUAUUUGGAUAGUAAAUUUUCAAUUAUUGUAUAUUGACAGUUCAAGUUCACUUCUAUUGUAUAAACGUGUUUAGAAAAUAAACAUAAAAACAUAUUUCCAUGAAAUAAAAUCAUAAUCUUACUUUAAAAAAAAGGCUUGUUGAAGAAGAGACUGCAUUUUCUAUAUUAGGUCAUCACAUGAUGCAACAUUACAGGGUACCUUAACUGGGCAACUAGGGACAUUAACCUGUUUUCAUCAUUAAGAAACUGACCCUCACAGCUAAUUGACCUCUGACGUGACCAGCUCUUGUCAAAAGUGUGCCAUUGAUAAGCCUAUUGCUAAGAUUAAAGGCUGAUUUCAUCAGGGGUUUUUUCUCGGACGGAGCAACUUUUUUCUCCCUUGCCCAUUUUUUCUUUGUCUUCGGUUAUUUUAUCUUUAGAUGUUACUAAAUAAAAUGUAUGCCACAUUUUAAAUGAAAUUAUAAACAAGCAAAAGGCAAAAAGAAGUAUUAUAAAUUAAAAAACAAAAUAUUCAAAAAUGUACUUUUUCUUUUAGCAUUGUUGACCCCCACCAUUCUGAUGGAGACUCAUAUUUGCUUUGUUUUCACCCUCUGUGUCCUCUUGGCUGGACAAGGUAAAUCUUAAAGUUUGCUAAAUAUUACUAAUAAAUUUUAAGAAGGCCAAUGCGUAAUGAUAGAUCUAGUGAUUCUCAUUUAAUCAUCCUAGAUAUGGUAGUUGGGAUAUUAAAUAAAAGUAUUAAAUGUGGUAUUGGCUAGUAGUGAACAUAAUUUUAUAUUAGAAUGCAGUGGUUAUUAAGAAAUUUAAAUAUCAUAUUGGAAACUAAUCGAUAUAAAGAAAUUUAAAUGUCAAAAUGGAAAAUAGAUGUUUGGAAAAUUAAACGUUGUAUUGGAAAGUAGUGGAUAUAACUUUAUAGUGGUUCACUAAUUUUUAAAAAUAUUUUUGUAUAAUUAAUUAUACUAUUAUUUUCCAGCUAGUGCUAAUGAAUGUGGUUCAAGUAUCAUUGCUAACGCCAGUGGAAAUAUAACACAACCUUCAAAGCCUCAAGCCUUACCAUGUGGUAUUAACAUCACCGCAAAUGCAACUGUAUUUUUUCAAGUAGAGAAUCUAGUACUCCUGGGCAGUGAUACUCUUGUAAUUUAUGAUGUUUUAAAUGCUUCUGCUAAAGAACCGAUUGCCAGCUACAAAGCUGGAGACAUUGGUAUGUAAAUUUAGCAAUAGAUGUGUGGCACUUGCAUAGCUUCUUUACUGUACACAAAUGUAUGUCACUGAUUUGUGAUAAUGUGUUUUUUUGAAUAUUUUUUUUAUUUUUUCAAUUCACAAUGUAUGAAAUCAGUUAUUGACUUCACACCAAGAAAUGUCUAUUUAAUAAUUUUUCUUUGCAUCAUCUGGGUUUUGCGUAGUGGUUAUUUCUACUGUUUUCUUUAAACACAAAUGUCGGCAUAAAGUGAAUAUUUUCUUUGUCUUCCAUCAAUAAUGUCAGCAAUUAGUGUUGAAAAUUGCCUGUGUCUUCAAUCACAAGUUUCAGCCCACUGUGAUUGAAUGUCAACCUUGUGUAAGGUUAAAUUAAAGCUUCUGUUACAGUGGUAACUUCAAAUGGGAUCUAUUUUCUUAAAUUAAAAUCUUUUAUGUGUUAAAUAAAAAAAGAAAUUAGAGACAUUGUUUUUGGGCAGGAUUUUUCCCAGUUGAUAUCAAAAUAUUGAUUAAUUUUAUCUAAGUGAUCAUCAAAAAAGUUAAUGACUCACCGAAAUGGCAUUCUUUGCUUUGGUUCACUAACAGGUUCUAUAGAUUUUUUCCCCAUUUUUUCGUAUGGAUCUGAAAGUUAUUUAUAGGUGUGUACUAACUAUUCCCCUCCAUCCCAUUCAUUUCAUAUUUUCAAAACAUAAUACAAGUUUUAAAAUUAAAAAUCCUUAUUUCAGCACCAUUCCCUGUGGUCGCAGCUCUACAGAAGAACAUAACAAUUAUCUUUACGGCUGGAGUCAAUUCAACUUCUAAUUGGACCUUGAACUAUAGUUUGGGUGAGUGAAUGAUUCAUUUGAACAUGUUUUAGUCAUAGCAAAGCUGAUUCAAGUUUAUGGUAAGUUUAUAAUUGAUCUCAUGGUUUAAAUACAAGCAUGUUAAGUUUGGAGACACUCAUGAUACUGUCAGGCUUGUCAAUAAAUGCUACUGUUAGACCUCUAAGUACUUUCAAUUUCCUAAGAAUGUGAGCGAGCCUCAACACAUAUACAGAUAGUUCUAAGUACGGCAGCUGGUACUGAUUCUUGCAAGAUGUUCUCUGUGGUGAAUGACCUUCUUGGGAAGAAAUCAGCACCCCUUGUUUUGCCUGACAUGAGAAGCGAGCAAGCUGCAGUUAAACUGAGUGACUUUUUCACUGACAAAAUUGAAGCAAUCACAAGGAGCUUUGGGGAAUGUUGCAAUUUGUAGUCUUUGAAGGCAACCUUCUGGUGGAAUUUUCCCCAGUUUCCCCAUGAACAAUUAAGACAUAUAAUCCUGGCAUCUAAACCUGCAUUUUCUAUUGUUGACCCCAUCCCAACCAGGACUGUUUUUGACUGUCUGGAAGUCUUGCUUCCUGUACUGGUCAACAUCGUGAAUAUUAGCCUUCAGUCUGCUACAGUCCCACAUCUCUUCAAGCCAGCGGUCGUUAAGACUCUGCUUAAAAAAAGUGGUCUGGACCCAAAUGACUGCAAGAAUUUCCGCCCGGUCUCCAACCUGCCCUUUGUAUCUAAGAUUCUUGAGAGAGUUGUGUCACAGCAGCUUGUGCAGCAUAUCAACACUUAUGACUUGCUUGACAAAUUUCAAUCUGCAUAUUGACCUGGGCACAGCUGUGAGACAGCACUACUCCGUGUUAUGAAUGAUGUUCUUUGUAGUGCUGACCGUGGCGAUCUGACAUUAUUGGUUCUGUUGGAUCUCAGUGCUGCCUUUGAUGUGAUCGACCAUGAGCUUCUACUGUCAAGACUUCUGAAUGUGGCAGGCAUCAAUGGCACCGCACUUUGCUGGUUUUCUUAUCUGACUGACAGGACUCAGCGUAUUGUUGUGAAGCAGGCAUCUUCCAUGGACACUUCCGUUACCUGUGGUGUUCCACAGGGCUCAGUUUUUGGACCUAUUCUGUUCUCCAUGUACUCUAGCCAGCUCAGCAUAAUGAUUAAAAAUCAUGGUAUUUCCCGCAAAAUAUUUGCAGAUGACACAUAACUAUACAAGUGUUUUCACCCUGAUCCCUUGGAGUGUGCUAAGGCUGUCGAGGACUGCUGUCUUGAUGUGAAAGAAUGGAUGUCUGAUCAAAGGGGGUAAAAUUAAAUGAUGAUAAGACUGAGGCAAUUAUUUGUGGUUCAGACACCAAUCUUCGGAAAUUUGCCAUUGCAUCAAUAAAAGUUGGUGAAUCAGAGAUCCCGUUGUCUUCGACUGUCAGAGAUCUUGGCUUUUAUAUUUACAAUAAACUUAGUAUGAUUCCCCAUAUCAGUUCUGUGGUCAAGGCAUGCUUCUGUCAUUUGCGUGCCCUGGGUCAGCUGCGUCCUCAACUGAUUAGGAGAACAGCCAAUGAUGUAGGAGUAACACUAAUCCAGUCAAGAUUAGAUUACUGUAACAGUUGUUUGUGGGGUUUACCUCAGAACCAAAUUCAGAGACUCCAAAAGAUACAAAAUACUGCAGCACGCAUUGUAUCGCGAAUGAAGAAAGCUGACCACAUCACCCCAGUUCUACGAGAUCUCCAUUGUGUUCCUGUGAGUAAGCGCAUUUACUACAAAAUUCUGUCCCUGGCAUACAGCUGCAUAGAUGGCUCAGCACCGGAAUAUCUCAAAGAACUGAUUUAUAAACAUGCAUCCUUGAAGAGCCUGCGGUCUUCAACACAAUACUUACUGAGUGUUCCUAGUGUGGAUGAGCACAGAAAAAAGUCUAACGGAGUGCGCUCUUUUGAAGCGAUAGCACCAAAAUUAUGCAAUAGUUUGCCUCAAUCUUUGAGGGGAAUUGUAAAUGAUAAAAAACAUUUAAGAAACAUUUAAAAACUUUUUUGUUGAAAUUGAUUUCGGAAAACCAGAGCGCAGUGAUCAUGCUAAAGUGGCAUGGAUACCAGCGCGAUAUAAAUAUCAAAAUCAAUCAAUCAAGUACAAUUAUACAGAUAUUUCUAAGUACAGUUAUACAGAUAGUUCUAAAUCAGCGGUUCUCAACCUGUGGGUCGCGACCCCUUUAGGGGUCACGCGACCCUUUCCCAGGGGUCGCCUAAGACCAUCUGAAAACACAUAUCCUUACAGUUAUGAAGUAGCAACGAAAAUAAUUGUGUGGCUGGGGGUCGCCGCGACACGAAAAACUGUAUUAAAGGGUCUCGGCAUUAGGAAGGUUGAGAACCACUGUUCUAAAUGCACAUAUUACAGAUAGUUCUAUGUACACAUAUACAAUACAGAUAGAUCUAAGAACACAUACGCAGAUAGUUAUACAGUUAUACAGAUAGUUAGUUAUACAGAUAGUUCUUAGUGUACAUAUUAGAGAUAGUUCUACAUACAAUUAUAUAGAUAGUUCUAAGUACACAUGCAUAAACAUAUAGUUCUAAGUGCACAUAUACAGACAGUUCAAAGUGCACAUAUGCAGAUAAUUCUAAGUACACAUACACAUAAAUGUCUAAAUGCACAUACACAGAUAGUUCAAAGUGCACAUACACAGAUAGUUCAAAGUGCACAUACACAGAUAGUUCUAAAUACACAUUUACAUAUAGCUCUCCAAUUUUUACUUCCCUGUAGAUAGAAUUAUCAUCAAAUAUUAAGUAUCAUUUACUAUGAAUAUUUUAUUUCAUUAAUAGAUAAUAGUGGGGCUCAACAGAUAAGAGUUUGAUUUUUUAUCAGGUGGAGAAAUUGGUAUCUAGAUUGUCAUGUAGCUACUUGUAUAGUCACGAUGCCUUCCUUCUGUCACAGACUGUAAAGUGGACAUUUCCAAUGACUGGUCCCACAAAGUUGAUUCUCCAAAGUUUCUAGCCACUCCUGGGAAAAGCUUCAGAUGCAUCUAUGAUAUAGCAUGCAACCUCCCAUCGGAUCGAAUAGCUGCCCUGUCCUUUCUCUCUCUUUCGGUCUUCAAUAACUCCGAACUGAGUCUCAGCAGUGGGAUUAACAAUGCCAGCUUUACAAGUAAGUUUUUGUCUCUCCAUGUCACUCAGUCUCACCUGUGGAUAACUCAUUGUGUAGUGUUUUGCAACUUCCUAAAUUAAUUAAUAUUCCCAAGCAAAGGGGAGUAAUGCAGUUUUUUUAUUUGUUUAUGUUAGUAAAAUAUAUUUACAUUAAUAAUGAAACGAUAAAAAAAAAAUCAUCUGGUUUUCCUUAUGAAAUCACACAGGGGACAUAUGAUUUCAUUGCUGUUUUAAAAUAAUGAGAGAGGUGUUUUUAGGUGCGUUCGUAUGCAGCUGUCGUAAGCCACUUUUUAUGCAUUUAGUGGCAGCCGUAUGGAAUGAGUUCAAACUUUCCAGGUAAGUUUUGUGUAAGAGUCUAGUUAAUGUCACUGAAUCGCACCAGUGUGUUUAACAAUGCAGGCAGAUUACUGUAAAUUCAAUGUCACAAGUUAUGGUCUGUGUAGUAUCAGUUAUCCUAAGAAUUAGUUCUCAGUGGCAUGAGAUGCAGCUUCAUUUUAGCCAACUCUUUAGACAUAUAAUUUUGAAACCGGUUGUUUCGGUGUGAUGAUGAUGAUGAUGAUCCUGUUUUAGAUACAGUAGCUUUCCAAAAUAGAUUGAUGGACAGUAGCUUUUUGGAUUUUUCUCUCAUUUGUUCUAGUUUUGCUUUGAUGAAAUAUGUUUAAACUGGUUUUGGGGCAAUCAGAAUGCAUACAAUUGAUCUAAGUGCAUUGAGAGCAUUGUCUCUUGUUUGUUUCAUUUCAUGGCGCAUCCUGAGGGUUUUUAUUGUUCUCUCUAGAACAUGCAUGGCAACCUCUGGAAGUAAUGGCUCUGUCGACAAAAUCAUUGUACCUUGUACACAGACUUACUAAACCCUGUAGACAGACUUACUAAACCCUGAGCAAGACUUGCUAAACCCUGUACACAGACUUGCUAAAACCUGUACACAGACUUGCUAAAACCUGCACAUAGACUGACUAAACCCUGUACAAAGACUUACUAAACCCUGUACACAGACUUACUAAACCCUGUACACAGACUUACUUAAUCCUGUACACAGACUUACUUAACCCUGUAGACAGACUUACUAAACCCUGUGCACAGACUUACUAAACCCUUUGCAUAGACUUACUAAAACCUGUACACAGACUUACUAAACCCUGUCUACAGACUUACUAAACCCUGUGCACAGACUUACUAAACCCUUUGCAUAGACUUACUAAACCCUGUACACAGACUUACUAAACCCUGUACACAGACUUACUAAACCCUGUACACAGACUUACUAAACCCUGUACACAGACUUACUAAAUCCUGUACACAGACUUACUUAACCCUGUACACAGCCUUACUAAACCCUGUACACAGACUUGCUAAACCCUGUACACAGACUUACUUAACCCUGUCUACAGACUUACUAAACCCUGUCUACAGACUUACUUAACCCUGUCUACAGACUUACUAAACCCUGUCUACAGACUUACUUAACCCUGUCUACAGACUUACUAAACCAUGUACACAGACUUACUAAACCAUGUACACAGACUUACUUAACCCUGUACACAGACUUACUUAACCCUGUCUACAGACUUACUUAACCCUGUCUACAGACUUACUAAACCCUCUACACAGACUUACUAAACCCUGUGCAAGACUUACUAAACCAUGUGCAAGACUUACUAAACCCUGCACACAGACUUACUAAACCCUGCACGCAGACUUACCAAACCCUGUGCAAGACUUGCUAAACCCUGCACACAGACUUGCUAAACCCUGAAGACAGACUUACUAAACCCUGCACACAGACUUACUAAACCCUGUGCAAGACUUACUAAACCAUGUGCAAGACUUGCUAAACCCUGCACACAGACUUGCUAAACCCUGAAGACAGACUUACUAAACCCUGCACACAGACUUACUAAACCCUUUGCAAGACUUGCUAAACCCUGUAGACAGACUUACUAAACCUUGUAAACAGACUUGCUAUACUCUGUACACAGACUUGCUAAACCGUGUACACAGACUUACGAAAUUCCAUUAACAGACUCAUUAAACACCGUGAAACUUGAGAUGCUGGAGUUUUAUUAUUAUGAAUAUAAUUAUUUUAAAUUCAGUUUUUUUUGUGUGCAUAAUUAUCAUAUUAAAAAUAAUGUCCUGUGUUAAUUUUAACACAACUGGGUCUGUUUCUACCAUUAGUUUGUAUAUGAGUGAAGAGAGUGACUCAACAAUGUUUGCCAUGAUGUGCGGCAAUGGAGGCAAACCUCUUUUUCCUGAAAGUGUUUGUAUUUUUAUUUUAAAAUGUCAUUUUUGAUCGCUCAUUUCUCAUCACCGGUCUAAAAGUAGAAAUCAAACGUCUUUGACAUACAUGCAUUUGAUGUGUCGUUAGCUUCUACCAUUGAAUGUUUACAUAGAGAACAUACCAGAAAGGAGAAGAAAAUAACAUUUUAAAAAGCCACUGAAAGAGGAUGUAUACAGCUGCAAUAAUUACAUAGAUAAUCUAAAGAAAGAAUAUUCUACAUGCUUUUAGUGAAAGUUAGGUUUGUGAAAACACAUUUUAAAACUAUAUGAAGGUUUAGCAAAAUAUAUGACUUGAUUAAUCUAGUAAACCGCAUACAAAAUUGAGUAAAGGAUAAAGCUACGAAUUACUUGAUGCUCAUCGGACCACCUGUUUGUAUUCUUGGAAAUGGCUCUUCUUUGAACCGAUGAAAGGACUCGCCCUCUGAGUCCAGGUCAUUGACGUCCAGCCACACACGUUUCUGACCCUUCUCUCUACCAUUCUUGGCUGUGUCACCGCUUGUAAAUCUCUGAUGGCUAGAGCUGUGUCUCUGGCUGCUCGGAUGAACAUCAUUUACUGGUCUUGGGAGAUUGGGUUGAGUUUGUGAUGCCACCAGGGGCAUUGGUUCAACAUCAACAUCGGGCUGCACAAGGAUACAAUAGACGGGCUGUGCUUGGAGUAAGCUUGUGUCAGUGAUUGAUACGAUGGGGGGCUGAUUGGAGGGCUGCAAGGUCUCCCCGAUACCUCCGGCAAGAUAAUACAGUUGGUGACUUUGAGGCAAGCUGUGCCAGGUGGUUUGGGCUCUGAGGCUGGAGUCGGAAUGCGGGAUGAACCCGACUGGAAUAAGCCGCAGAAACUGAUUAAAUGGCUGCUGCGUGGUCGACUCAUUGUUCUCAGUAGGUGAGUCAAGGUUGGGCUGAGUGAACCUGCAAGUUCUUGUUGCUGUGCUAGAAAUCUCUUUGUGGUAUGAGUCACUGCUUGGGUGUAAAGUUAGUCCCUCAUUUUCAUAUAACUCAUGGCUGGAUGAAUGUAAUGUUGGUCGCAUAUUCUCAUAUGUCUUCUGCUCUGGGAACCCAAAUGUGGUUAUCAUAUCAGGAUUUUGCCACCUUUCACGACCACUCGACUGGUUUGUUUGGUGGGAUGAAAAGCGGUGAUAGUACCUUCUCUCAUUCAUUUCUCUGCCGAUCAUCUCCUUUUUUGAGACGUACUGCAACUGACUGAGUGGGACGAGCUGUAGCCUGUGAAACAGUAUGCUCUCCAGGAAGAGGAUGAGAGAGAGUCUCUGCAGGUCCCACUGGGCAUCCCUGUGGUCCGACACACUGUUGCACGUCUUGGACAUCAUGGCGAUGAGAGAGUUGAUGAGCAGCAAGUAUGUGAUCAGGAUGAACAUGACGUAGAGAACCACUGCCAGCCACAGCUCCCUGGCUUCAUACAGGAGGUCAAUGUCCCCGAGGCCGAGCAUCAGGUUGAACAUGGUCAGCAGCGUUGACCAGAUGUCCCGGAACUCUUUUCUCUCUGGCUCUGUCCUGAUGGUGAUGUACAUAGCCAGGGAGAAUGAAAACAGUUCAAGUAAUAUGAUAGAGCAGGAGCGUGGCAGAUCUCCAGAUAGGACUUUUUGAAACAUGACAGUGUAAAAAGAGAAUUUUUUCACUGAUCGCAAGAAGAACGUGAGAAACCACCAUCCUAUGAGUAAGGCCAGCAGCAGUGGGAUUGGGUUGUCUACGCCCGUCUUGUACAGGCUGAAGUCUAGGAUGAGACAGACUGAGAAGACGAUGAGCGUAGUUCUGUACCAGGCGUUGUGGUGAGGCAGACGCCAGUACCACCAUUGCCUGAGGUACAGCGACCGCCUCAACUCGAACAAGAUAAUCAAUGCGGCGUACACCAAGUGGACGUAGAUAGAAUGAUCAGUAAAGGAUCUGUGCUGCUGGUGCGUCGCGUUGUCGAGGUCAUUUUUCGUGGUGUUGACUCCAGCGAUGUCGCUGUUGGUAACUUUUGUCUUGAAAACAGCAUACGUGCUGAGUAAAACUGUGAAGGACAGGUGGAAUAAGGCCCAAGUGUAAUGGAUCUUUCUGUACCAAAUCCAUUUUUUUCUGAUGAUGUCCUUCACCACGUCAACAUUGACCAAGCCGUGCGCCUGCUUUGCGCUGCGAGAACAUAUUAUCUCCAACACUGACAAGGGCCGGCGACACUGGAGGCGCGCCCUUAGUCUACAGACUUGAGGGUAGCCACCCUUUAGCCCCGCUUUCAGUUUCUUGAAUUCUGACUUUUGCUGCGUCAGGGGGUCGAUCUCAGUGACGUCAUAGCGGUGCGUGUCCAUGACUCCAUCGUGGCUUUCCAGCACGCGGUAAACUCUAUCCAACCUGAGGAUCGCAGAGAAGGUCUCCAGUUGGCCGAGGUGCGCGGCAAGUUUGAGUGCGGACAUUUUGUCACGGUUGGCCUUGUACCAGACGGCCCGGGGGUCCUCUCGGGGGUGACUUGUCCGACAGUCUCUAAGCUUGCCGUGUAGGUAAUGCAACAUGCUGAUGACUCUGGAGGUUUUCUCUCUUCGAACACCGGCAAAUUUGAUCAAAGUGUGAAUCAGCGUGUCGCCAUGGCUGUUUGGUCUGCUGAUGCGAUCACCUUUGUCCAGUAAAAACGAGACCAUGUGCUCGUUGAAUGUAAGGGCGGCCACCGAUAACGCGAACUGACCCAUCAGCACGGUGUCCUUGAACUUUGAACCCGUUGCCCUGGACGCGAACAAUUGCUCCUGUUUGUCGGCGCCCGCGUGUUCUAUCAGGAACUCGCUGGCGCGGUCGUUUCCUUUGCUGAGCGUGAUGUGAAGUGCAGUCUGGCCCAGCCAAUCCCCCGUCCUAGCCACCGUGACGAGGCCGGGGCAUCGAUUCACGAGCCUCUCAAGGAGGGCGUUGUCCUCUUGGUACAGGGCGGCGGUAUGGAGGAGCGUGUCCUCUGUGCCCCUCUUGCCGCGUGUACCGCCCGUGAAUUGCUCCUUGUUGGUUUGACGGUAACUGAGCAGUGCGUCGCCGCCGUCGUCCCGACUGAGGAGUUCAUCCAGUCUUUGAAUGGCGUCGUCUUUACCAUGAGAACCUUUCUUGAUUUGGUGAUGGAGGUCGUUGAGGAGCGUGUCUGUGUACACCACCGCUUCCACGACCUUCUUCGCCCGGACAACACUACUGGGUUUGUUCCCUACGGGCCUAAUCUUAUUUCUUUUUGUCAUCUUCACCGGCUUAUCUUGUUUGCAUACUUGAGUAACGGUCACGUGAUGGCUUUAUCUUGUUUGCAUGCUUGAGUCACGGUCACGUGAUGGCUUUAUCGUGUUUGCAUGCUUGAGUAACGGUCACGUGAUGGCUUUAUCUUGUUUGCAUACUUGAGUAACGGUCACGUGAUGGCUUUAUCGUGUUUGCAUGCUUGAGUAACGGUCACGUGAUGGCUUUAUCUUGUUUGCAUGCUUGAGUAACGGUCACGUGAUGGCUUUAUCUUGUUUGCAUGCUUGAGUCACGGUCACGUGAUGGCUUUAUCGUGUUUGCACGCUUGAGUCACGGUCACGUGCCUGCUUUUCUCGCCAACAUUUCAAAGCUCCGCUUCAUCCUCUUGGAUGUCGUUUAGUUCUUGCAAGCAUACCCGUUGUUUAGAUUCUCUUGAUGUCCGUCCUCUCAACUACUCCAUCACGCGUGGUGGCGAGCCUCCCUUGCAAUGUGCGCUUGGCAUCAAGUCGCCGUGGCUCUCCGGUGUCGCAGGGUCUGCGGAGUCAAGGAUACGAACUGUUUUAUUUACAGACCCCGACCAGUCAAGGCAUCAAAUUAAAAGAAUUAUAGUUUCCAGUUCGUUAUUCUAAUUAGACUACUCUCACCUAGCCUCGGCGCAGUUCCCUUUAAUGAAAUAAAUGUCUUGUAUUAUGGCGUAUACUUUUUACGUUAGUUGACUUGACUUAAAUUAGAAAUAAUUUUUUGGAAUAACACCCCCUUGCCCCAAUAAUAAUAAAAUAUAAAAAAUACAUUACUCGAUCUUCUAUUUCUAUCAGUUAAAGGCCCCUAUUGAAAUUUGAUAGACAUACAUUAGCAAUAAAAUAGUUAGCCAUUAUCUUUGAAUGUCGGAGGUUAUCCAAAAAAUAAAGGUACUUUUUUUUGUUUUUUUGUUUGUUUGUUAACAAGCUUGUACCUGAUUUCACCUUGGAUUUAUAGAUUACACUUUACAGGAAAAUGUAUAUCGAUUUCUUUUCAUGCUCUGUUGUAUCCCCCUCUCCUUAACUCUAUCUCUACCGGUAUAUAUGUGUGUAUAUAGAGAGAGAGAUACCGGUCUCACCCCCCUCUUUAUUUGCCUCUGAACGGGACGUAGCUAGAGGGUUUGGCGUCAGGGGACAUGAUUCAUUCUUACGACCCCCCAACUCUGACCACCCCCCCCCCCCCCACCUAUCGAUAACACAGUCAAAGGCUACCUACCAUGUUACAUUUGAAAUAAGUCAAUUUGAAUAAACCCAAAGCCGAGUCGCCCCAAGGCCAGAACAACACGAGAUACCGGGGACGUGGAGAAAUGGCUAAUGGUAAUGAUAACACGAGGUUACAGGCGAGGUCACGACCAGGGACAAGAUCCUUCAAUGGCAACCUGGGAGGGGGGCAUGGAUGGCUUUAUCCAAUAUGACUUGUGGUAAUACUAACUAGCGCCUACUAAAUACUAACGAUACAUUAAAAGCCUGGAGUACUUUACCCCCCCCCUCCCCCGGGGCCACUCACAAAAGCCAGCCAGUGGUUACGUGUAACAGUCUACGGUGGCUACUAAAUGGUCCUGCAACACCCCCCCUCCCCCGGGGCCACUCACAAAAGCCAGCCAGUGGUGACGUGUGACAGUCUGCGGUGGCUACUAAAUGGUCCUGCAACACCCUCACCCCCGACCUUUUUUUUUUAAAAGAAAAAAACACAGCCGGUGGUUACGUGUGGCACAGUGAUGGUCUAGGGAGGGGGGGGGGCGGUCAUUUAACAAGGCUGUACAGAAAUUGGAAAAACACCUGCCCGAGUUCACCCGUCGACUGUCGACUCACGUACUCCGGUGCCCGUCGAAGCUGACGAGUUUGUGUGGAGUCUAAUGAUCUACCGAUUUAGUGGUAUUGAUUUUGGCAUUCUCUUUCAGAUGUAUCUUCAAACUGAAAGAUCAUCACGAUUAAUUCCUACAUCUAGUUCAUUAAAUCCUACAUGGAUCAUGUCCAUUAUUUCAUCAUCUCAACUUUGUAGUCUAGUAAACUUAGCAUGUUGACACGUAUUCUAUGAGCUUUUAAAGAAAUGCUGACCUUUGAACUCUUGUAACUUUUUAGUAAAAGAAAAAAGAAAGAAAAAAAAUGAUAUAAUCCAUCAGGGAUCAAAUUUGUAAAAAUAAGGUAACAAGCCUAUCUCGCCAGAACAGCAUUAAAUAUUAGCAAACUACCAUGUUUGAUGGAACCACCCUCCGGAACUAGCAUCAUUCGUGACAGUCCUUCUGGCGAGCCACGGCCCGGCAUAAGUAUACAGGUGCUAGUGCAGCGGUUAUCCACCUUCCUAAUGCCGCGACCCUUCAUACAGUUCCUCAUGUUGCGGCGACCCCCCAACCACAAAAUUAUUUCCCUUACUACUUCAUAACUGUAGAGUAUAUGUGUUUUUCGAUGGUCUCAGGCGACAACUGUGAAAGGGUCGUUCGACCCCCCCUAAAGGGGUCUCGACCCACAAGUUGAGAGCCGCAGUGCUAGCAGGAGGCGACAUCGGGUGCUAAUGGCAGUAGACGGUCACAAUACAACAAUCUUCUUGUAAAUCUGAUUGUUUAACAAAAAAAAAUUAAUAUAAUUUCUUAAAGUCGGGUAACUGACGGAUUCCCCGGGCAGUUACCUCGGGUGUGUACCCGGGCGGGCACCCGGGUACCCUUUUGACAACCGUGGUCAUUGAACGACGCCGUCCAGCUCCCCGGCCAGCCUAUUAUUAAUUCUAUCUCCGUGACACCGUUCACUGCCAUCUGGUCACUGGAACCCUGGACGGCCAGGGGACGGGCUCCGCGUAGUCUGGCACUUGACUCAAUUCUUAAGAGUGAUCUCAACUUAAAAAUAGUCUUUAUGGAAGGUCGGAGGUCAACUGCACACACACACACACACACAUAAUUGAUAUAUUAUCACACUGUGCUAUUAGUGUUAGGGAAGCCGUGCAAACCCAAUUUACCCACGCCAGCUAAUUUUAGCGUAUUUGCCUCGCCACGCAGGCAGAGGCGAUUUCAAUGACUUUAGUGUCUGUGUGUGUGUGGGGGAGGGGCAUGACUGCACUCCGAAUGCAUAAAGUACAGUCAACAGCACUUUCCAAUUGAUGGUGGUGGUUGGUGCUUGCUAACGUUAACAAGGAGCUGUCUCUAAACUCGCGGAACUCAAUGAAAAAUCUCAUUUCGUCAACCUGGCCAUUGGGUCUAUAACAUAUACAUGAUUUACUUGUCACUGGUCAUUGGGUCUAUAACAUGUACAUGACUUACGCGUCCCUGGUAUUGUGUCUACUUCAUGUACACGACUUACGCGUCACUGGUCAUUGUGUCUACACUUACGCCUCCCUGGUCAUUUUGUCUACUUCAUGUACACGACUUACGCCUCCCUGGUCAUUUUGUCUACUUCAUGUACAUGACUUACGAGUCACUGGUCAUUAUGUACACAACUUACGCGUCACUGGUCAUUGGGUCUACUUCAUGUACACGACUUACGCCUCCCUGGUCAUUUUGUCUACUUCAUGCACACGACUUACGCCUCCCUGGUCAUUUUGUCUACUUCAUGCACACGACUUACGCCUCCCUGGUCAUUUUGUCUACUUCAUGUACAUGACUUACGCGUCACUGGUCAUUUUGUAUACUUCAUGUACACGACUUACGCCUCCCUGGUCAUUUUGUCUGCUUCAUGUACACGACUUACGUGUCACUGGUCAUUGGGUCUACUUCAUUUACAUGACUUACGCCUCCCUGGUCAUUUUGUCUACUUCAUGUACAUGACUUACACCUCCCUGGUCAUUUUGUCUACUUCAUUUACAUGACUUACACCUCCCUGGUCAUUUUGUCUACUUCAUGUACAUGACUUACGCGUCACUGGUCAUUUUGUCUACUUCAUGUACACGACUUACGCCUCCCUGGUCAUUGGGUCUACUUCAUUUACAUGACUUACACCUCCCUGGUCAUUUUGUCUACUUCAUGUACAUGACUUACGCGUCACUGGUCAUUUUGUCUACUUCAUGUACAUGACUUACGCCUCCCUGGUCAUUGGGUCUACUUCAUUUACAUGACUUACAUCUCCCUGGUCAUUUUGUCUACUUCAUGUACAUGACUUACGCCUCCCUGGUCAUUUUGUCUACUUCAUGUACAUGACUUACGGGUCAGUGGUCAUUAUGUACACGACUUAGGCAUCAAUGGUCAUUGGGUCUACUUCAUGUACACGACUUACUCCUCCCUGGUCAUUUUGUCUACUUCAUGCACACAACUUACGCCUCCCUGGUCAUUUUGUCUACUUCAUGUACACGACUUAUGCCUCCCUGGUCAUUUUGUAUACUUCAUGUACACGACUUACGCCUCCCUGGUCAUUUUGUCUACUUCAUGUACAUGACUUGCGCGUCACUGGUCAUUGGGUCUACUUCAUUUACACGACUUACGCAUCCCUGGUCAUUUUGUCUACUUCAUGUACACGACUUACGCCUCCCUGGUCAUUGGGUCUCCUUCAUUUUACAUGACUUACACCUCCCUGGUCAUUUUGUCUACUUCAUGUACACGACUUACGCCUCCCUGGUCAUUGGGUCUCCUUCAUUUACAUGACUUACACCUCCCUGGUCAUUUUGUCUACUUCAUGUACACGACUUACGCGUCACUGGUCAUUGUGUCUACUUUAUGUACAUGUGUACACCUCACUGGUCAUUACGUCUGUUAUGUAACGUCCAACGGUCUUAUUGUAUCUACUACCUACGUCCAACAGACAUCGUAUUGUAUCUACUACCUACGUCCAACAGACAUCGUAUUGUAUCUACUACCGACUUCCAACCGGUAAUUAUGUCUGCAACCAAGACUUACCUUGAUUGCAAUCAACUCCCUUUGUUGACAUUGGAGCCAUGACUCACUGUGACUUCUCGACACAUGCACAUGAACACACGGUCAUGGCUGAUGGCCACUUGGAUGUGUUCAUGAAAGGUGCACUCCUUUCACCACGCAGACGUGUCUGUGUGACUUUAUCCAGGGUAAGGGCGGGCAUGCUGCAUCUAGCCAUUUCCUAACACUCUCAAGGGGCCAUGUGCCAGAUCAAUACUAUUGAUAUAUUUUACAAUGAUCGAGCAACAGAAUUCGAUUUAUUGGUCUGGGUUCAUUCGUGCAAACCGCAUGGAAACCGGGAGGCCUUCAGAAAGGGUGGGGGUGUUGAACAUUAGAGGGAUAAUCAUUGUUAUCGUAUAGUUAUGUGGACAAAUCAUCAAGAGUAAUAGAGAGAGAGAGAACAAUACAGUAAGGUAGGUAGAGAGUGAUAGAGGGGUGCUAGACAGAUAAGGGUGGAUAUGGAAAUGAAAUGAGGAUUGACCCAGUGAACAGGAAGAAUAAAUAGUAAUUUGAAGAGAUAACAGGAUAUGGAAGAUACUCAUAGUCAAGAACAAGACAGAAAGGGGGGAGGAGAAAGGUUAAAGGUAAAGAAAGAGGAGAGGAAACAGGAAGGAGUUGCAAUUAUAAAAUUUGGAAAAAAAAGGGGGGGGGGUUAAAUGCUAUUCAUGGAAACUAUUGAUUUCUUUCCCCAUUGAUGGGAUUGGCUCUAAGCACUGUUACUUUUGCUUUGUGUUGUGUACCUAGUGUGGCUCUAAGCACUGUUACUUUUGCUUUGUGUUGUGUACCUAGUGUGGCUGUAAGCACUGUUACUUUUGCUUUGUGUUGUGUACCUAGUGUGGCUCUAAGCACUGUUACUUUUGCUUUGUGUUGUGUACCUAGUGUGGCUCUAAGCACUGUUACUUUUGCUUUGUGUUGUGUACCUAGUGUGGCUCUAAGCACUGUUACUUUUGCUUUGUGUUGUGUACCUAGUGUGGCUCUAAGCACUGUUACUUUUGCUUUGUGUUGUGUACCUAGUGUGGCUCUAAGCACUGUUACUUUUGCUUUGUGUUGUGUACCUAGUGUGGCUCUAAGCACUGUUACUUUUGCUUUGUGUUGUGUACCUAGUGUGGCUCUAAGCACUGUUACUUUUGCUUUGUGUUGUGUACCUAGUGUGGCUCUAAGCACUGUUACUUUUGCUUUGUGUUGUGUACCUAGUGUGGCUCUAAGCACUGUUACUUUUGCUUUGUGUUGUGUACCUAGUGUGGCUCUAAGCACUGUUACUUUUGCUUUGUGUUGUGUACCUAGUGUGGCUCUAAGCACUGUUACUUUUGCUUUGUGUUGUGUACCUAGUGUGGCUCUAAGCACUGUUACUUUUGCUUUGUGUUGUGUACCUAGUGUGGCUCUAAGCACUGUUACUUUUGCUUUGUGUUGUGUACCUAGUGUGGCUCUAAGCACUGUUACUUUUGCUUUGUGUUGUGUACCUAGUGUGGCUCUAAGCACUGUUACUUUUGCUUUGUGUUGUGUACCUAGUGUGGCUCUAAGCACUGUUACUUUUGCUUUGUGUUGUGUACCUAGUGUGGCUCUAAGCACUGUUACUUUUGCUUUGUGUUGUGUACCUAGUGUGGCUCUAAGCACUGUUACUUUUGCUUUGUGUUGUGUACCUAGUGUGGCUCUAAGCACUGUUACUUUUGCUUUGUGUUGUGUACCUAGUGUGGCUCUAAGCACUGUUACUUUUGCUUUGUGUUGUGUACCUAGUGUGGCUCUAAGCACUGUUACUUUUGCUUUGUGUUGUGUACCUAGUGUGGCUCUAAGCACUGUUACUUUUGCUUUGUGUUGUGUACCUAGUGUUGCUCUAAGCACUGUUACUUUUGUGUUGGUUUGUGUACCUAGUGUGGCUGUAAGCACUGUCACUAGUGCUUGGUGUUUGUGUACUUAGUGUGGCUCUAAGCACUGUCACUAGUACUUGGUGUUUGUGUACCUAGUGUGGCUGUAGGCACUGUCACUAGUGCUUGGUGUUUGUGUACCUAGUGUGGCUGUAAGCACUGUCACUAGUGCUUGGUGUUUGUGUACUUAGUGUGGCUCUAAGCACUGUCACUAGUACUUGGUGUUUGUGUACCUAGUGUGGCUGUAGGCACUGUCACUAGUACUUGGUGUUUGUGUACCUAGUGUGGCUGUAGGCACUGUCACUAGUGCUUGGUGUUUGUGUACCUAGUGUGGCUGUAAGCACUGUCACUAGUGCUUGGUGUUUGUGUACUUAGUGUGGCUCUAAGCACUGUCACUAGUACUUGGUGUUUGUGUACCUAGUGUGGCUGUAGGCACUGUCACCAGUGCUUGGUGUUUGUGUACCUAGUGUGGCUGUAGGCACUGUCACUAGUGCUUGGUGUUUGUGUACCUAGGUACGCUGUAAGCACUAUCAUUAGUGCUUGGUGUUUGUGUACCUAGGUAGGCUGUAAGCACUGUCACCAGUGCUUGGUGGUUGUGUACCUAGGUAGACUGUAAGCACUAUCAUUAGUGCUUGGUGUUUGUGUACCUAGGUAGGCUGUAAGCACUAUCCCAACUGAAACAAAUGAAUAUUGAUUAAAAUAAUCUAAAUGUUUGUUGUGGGGGUGGGGGGACGUUUCUCAUCAUGACUUGCUGGGCACAACCUGCAUGGCCAGCUUUAGCUGCAGUUUUUCCCCAAAGUUGUGGUAUGCAGACUCUCACAGAUCUGAUCUGUUAGCCUUAUGUUGCCUGUUCUUACAACAUGGGCCAAGAAACUGGAAAUGUAAGUUUAAUUUGUCCUUGUUUUAAAUUAUAGACUGCAGGUGGGCUCCGGAUACCUGAGAACCAGCCCUGCCGAGCACAAUGUUUACCUUUGUCAAACUUGAUCACUGACAUUGUCUCCCCAUCUUCUUUCAGAUACAUCAAAUGGUGAAGACUUCUUUGCUGAGGGCAUAAAGCCAGUGAAAUUAGAUUUCCAGGUUGACACGGCUCAAGCUCAGAGCUUUUCUAUCUUUGUUGAACCAGUUGUUAACGGUAAGAACCGACCUCAGUGUCACCUGUGGCAGUAGUUAAAUCAAGAACCUAGCUGUUACAAUUGUUAAAUCAAGAAUCUAAAUAUUACAGCAGUUAAAUCAAGAACCGCACUGUUACAGUAGUUAAAUCAAGAACCUCACUGUUACAGUAGUUAAAUCAAGAACCUCACUGUUACAGUAGUUAAAUCAAGAACCUCACUGUAAAAGUAGUUAAAUCAAGAACCUCACUGUUACAGUAGUUAAAUCAAGAACCUCACUGUUACAGUAGUUAAAUCAAGAACUUAACCGUAGCUUAUAUUAUAAAAGUAUUAUCCACAGUUAGGGUGGUCUUCAAUUUAAAAAAAAAUAAAUAAAUAUAUGUGGCCAUUUUUGCAAUAUUUACUUUUUGCCUCUCAAAUAAAUCAGUGAAGGUUGGAAUACUUCUCCAGACCUGAUUAUAUUGCCAAAUAUUUUUUUUAGACCAGAUUAAUUUAAAUUUAAUUGAUAUUUUAAGUGUCAGCUAUGUGGCUUUUCUUAUGAUGGUAUUGGCACAAAAUACAUGCAUUUUAUUUGACUGAAAUGGCCACAUAAAAAAAAAAAUCUAAAAAAAUCUUUAAAAUUUUGAAUCAUUUGUAACUAUCAUCUUCCUUAAAAUAUAUUGUUAUAUUGUUUUGUUAUCAACUUUAUGAUUGCAGGGUUUCUCAAAAUCUUAAAAAGUCAUAUAUUUUUCAUUACAUAACUUAAUAUGAGUUUCUAAUUACAUAUUCCCAGCUUGCCUGUUGUCAGUGAUGAAAGGUGCUUAUGCAGAUAAAUUGUGCUAAUGAUGAUAAAAUGGACUGUGCUAAUGUAGAUGACUUGCACCUAUGUAUAUGAAUUGUGCUAAAGCAGAUCAACUGUGCCUGGGCCUUCUAUCGCUCAUGUAUAUGAAUUGUGCUAAAGCAGAUCAACUGUGCCUGGGCCUUCUAUCGCCCAUGUAUAUGAAUUGUGCUAAAGCAGAUCAACUGUGCCUGGGCCUUCUAUCGCCCAUGUAUAUGAAUUGUGCUAAAGCAGAUCAUUUUUGCGUGGGCCUUCUGUCGCACAUGUAUAUGAAUUUUGCUAAAGCAGAUCAACUGUGCCUGGGCCUUCUGUCGUACAUGUAUAUGAAUUGUGCUAAAGCAGAUCAACUGUGCCUGGGCCUUCUGGCGCCCAUGUAUAUGAAUUGUGCUAAAGCAGAUCAACUGUGCCUGGGCCAGCAAACCCAACAAAUUAUUUAAUAAAUGAUCCCCCCCCCCCCCCCCCCCCAAAACAGUAAAAAUGUAUUUUAAAUUCUGAAAAUAAUUGACUUCUAAUCUAAAAUUGAAUAGCAAAGAGCACUUGUAGAGGUUUGAAAAUAAACUUUUGAGUUAAUUUGUACCGGUUGUAAAUGGUUUUUUCCUUAUCACUCCUCAUCACACCUACUCAUCACUCCUCCUUAUCACUUCUCCUAUCAAUUCUCCUUAUCUUUUAUCACUCCUCCUUAUCACUCCUCCUUAUCACUCCUACUUAUCACCUCCUUAACACUCCUAAUUAUUUCUCCUUAUCACGUCUCCUUAUUACUUCUCAUUACUUAUCACUCCUCCUAAUCACUCCUCCUCAUCACUCCUCCUCAUCACUCCUACUUAUCAUGGCUUCUUAUCACCCCUACUUAUCACUACUCCUCAUCACUCCUACAUAACACUUCUCCUUAGCACCACUCCUACUUAUCAUGCCUUCUUAUCCCCCCUACUUGACACGCCUUCUCAUCACUCAUCACUCCUAUUUUUCAUCCCUCCAUAUCACUUCUCCAUUUUGUCACACCUUUUUUGCAGAUUGCUCAGGAAAGGUGGCCAUCAAGAAGACUUUUGAGGUCCCAAAGAACUUCAGUAACCCAGGUGUUUCCUAUGUCUGUCGUUGGGUGGUCAUUUCGAGCUUGGCCAGGAUCACAGCCAAAAUAAAUUCACUCCAGAUCUCUAAUGGCUAUGACCUCCUGACCUUCACAGAUGGAGGCUCUAGUAGGGCAGCCAUCUCCAAGUCAUGGUCAAGUGGCAUCAACGGUUGGUAUAUUUUAAAUACAGAAGCUGGGUGCAGUCGUCAUAGAUUGGUAUAGUUUAAAUACAGAAGCUGGGUGCAUUCGUCAUAAGUUGGUAUAUUUUAAAUACAGAAGCUGGGUGCAGUCAUCAUAAGUUGGUAUAGUUUAAUACAGAAGCUUGGUGCAGUCGUCAUAGGUUGGUAUAGUUUAAAUACAGAAGAUAUAGGAUGGGGUUUUAGAUGUAAGAAGGGAUUCACCAAAACUGUUUCAGGUUUGCAGAAUGUAGAUAACUUUGAUAAAAUCUGUGGUGUAUGACAUGUCAGCAGCAGUGUUUAGCUUUUAAAAUCUAUGUACACCUGAGCAUCAUCCCUUAAAGUGCUCUUACUUACGGCACUCAUGGAAUCCAAAUGGCAACAGUCUGCAAACACUUCUAUCCAAGUCAAAGUGUCUGUGGCUUAAAGUUAAAGCCAUCAGGUCAACGCACUUGAUGUCCUGCCCUCACUGCCCUGAUUGAACCAGGAUAUCAACCAACAAAACAUUCGGAUUGAGGGCUUUGGUUUUUAAAAAAAUUAAUAAAUACCCGCCAUUGUAUUUUGUUCACAGAAUCGCUGUUCCUGAGCUCAGGCAGCAAAGCUGUGAUCAGUCUUCAGCUGGGAGACUUUUCUGGUGCUAGGAGCUUGAAUCUGAGUCUUCUUGCAGCUGGUUGGUCUAAAAUUAUCUAUAUUAUCUUGUUGAUAUGGAAAUUAUUUAACAACACCCCCCCCCUCUCUCUCUCUCCCCCUUUUUGAAAAAUUAAAAAUUUUGAAUAUUUUUUAAUAGAAAUUUAAUGUCUUUUGAUCUAUUUAGUGGGCAUUAUUUUACUGCUUUCUGUUAAAAAAAACAAAACAACUGCCAGUCAUUACCCAAGUUAAUUUUUCUUUAUUUAGGAGACAUUUGUCAGGACAAAUUGUUAGAAAAGUGUGAAUUAGGUGCACACAAUAAUUUAUACUGUACUUCUUCCCUGAUGGCUUCCACUUUGGUAGUGUCUUUGCCACUGGUGAAUGCAUGUGAUUUGUAAUUCAUAAUAAUUUAAAGCAGUUAAACUCUGUAAAAAUGGUUAAAUUUUUGUGUAGACGGCUGAUACAUAUAAGACUUGAUCAAUAACGUCGCCUUGCAGAUGGUGGUGGGCCAAUCAGCAGCCAGGGAGAGCUCAGUGUCGAUGAUAAACAAGAGGACCUGGUCACCUACUAUCAGCUGAAUGCAAGCCCUGGACAGCUGGUGAGGACGGUGCUGCUGCUGCUGCUGUGCUGGCCGAUUACAAAAUAAAAUCUAAAACUAAUAGAUUGAGGUGCUCCGGAGGGUAAAGGGGGUGCUGAUGGCGAUGCUCAUGGGAAAGCUCAUGAUGGUACUUGGGGGAGCUCAUGGGAAUGAUGGUGCUACAUGGGGGUGCUCCAGAUGGUACAUAGAAGUGCUUGUGAUGGUAUUAGGGGGGUGGUCAUGAUGGUACAUUGGGGGGGGGUGCUCCUGGUUGUACAUGGGGGUGCUUCAGGUGGUUCAUGGGGGCAGGGGAGGUGCUUGUGAUGAUAUUAGGGGGGUGGUCAUGUUGGUACAUUGGGUGGGGGGUGCUCCUGGUUGUACAUGGGGGUGGUUCAUGGGGGGUUGAGGGUGCUUAUGAUGGUAUUAGGGAGUGGUCAUGUUGGUACAUGGGGAUGCUUCAGGUUGCCCAUGGUGGUGCGUCUGGUGGCACAUGGGGCUGGUGCUCAUGGUGCAUAUGGUCAAGAAUGUUCCUUUGAUAAACUCAUCUUUGGGGCACUCAUGGGAGCAAUUGCAAUGUUUGAGCAUAAACAUUUGAACUUUUUAGGGUUUGUUAGCACAUUUAUAUACUUCACUGUCUCUGUAUAAGCUCUGGCUCAUCAAACAUGUUAACCCACGCAGUAUCUGUAUAAGCUCUGGCUCAUCAAAUAUGUUAACCCACACAGUAUCUGUAUAAGCUCUGGCUCAUCAAACAUGUUAACCCACACAGUAUCUUUAUAAGCUCUGGCUCAUCAAACAGGUCUAGUCUUGGUUAAGAUUUUAAAUUGCGUGAAAAAACUGUGAUAAUAUAUUGUCACAGUGAAUGUUAUUUUAAAUGACUAUAGUUUUGACUCUGAAAACACUUUGAUUAUAAUUAUAUGGUAAAACAUUUCUUGAAAUUAAUUCCACACGCAUUGCUUCCAUUUCCUAUGAAGGUCAAAGUUAACAUCAGUGACAGGACAAUUAAUGAAACCAGUGUUGUCUUCUACGACGGCCUGCAGCCCACCGACCCGGUUUUGGUUUCACUCAAGUGAGUAAUUUUUUUUCCUCGUAGCCACAUGAGUUUUCUGCAGUAGAUUUCAAUAGGGUGGGGUCAAAAGAUUGGAAACAUUAUAAAUUUCAUGGCAUCCAAAUCUGUGAUCUUCUCCUUGGGAACAUUGUAAUUUUUCAUUAAUGCCUGUACUUACAUUUGAAAGCAAUGGACCUGUUGCUGGGUGUUUUAAGUUUUCUUCAUCAAUCCACCAAAAUCUCACUCCUUCUACAUCAACCCCCCCACCCCAACCUCAGAACGGCCGAGACCCUCCUCUUCAAAAGUCAGUCAUUAUUUUUAUAAUCUGGAAGUUUUCCCAAGGACCUAACUGGUUGAACUUCUCUUUAUAUUUUAAAUCAAUUCUUAUAAGGAUUAAUUUUUGCCCCGGCUUUGAAAAAUCUUUAAAACAAAAAUCAACCUCUCAACAGAUCGGGAAUUCCCAAUUUGAAGAUUGUGAUUGGUGGUAGCAGCGUACUUGUUGCCGUAACACGAGUCAGCAAAGCAAAUGUCUUUAAAGCUGCAUUCAGCAGUCUGGCCCCGGGUGAGUCUUUGCAGCUUUCAGUAACUAAUUAUUAAAGUGUUGGACUGCGGUAAAGCUUUUUACUAGGCUAGUGAGACACACACAAAAAAUGCAUGUUAAUAAAACAGUAUAGCUUAAACUUCAUAGUGUUGUCACACAAUUUACACAUUCAAAUGUGCAUCAGUACAACAACAAAAAAAAAAUUAAUAAUAAUAAAUUAUAAAAUAAUUAUUUGAUAUGUGAAUAAUGGGAUUUAGAUGUGCAUACAAAGGAUUGAGAUGUUCACAGUAUUGAUUGAAAUGUGCAUGUAGGGUUUGGGAUGUGCAUGUAGGGUUUGGGAUGUGCAUAUAGUGAUUAAGAUGUGCAUAUUUUAAGAUGUGCAUACAGGGAUUGGGUUCAGGAUAUUUUUAAAAUACUCCCCCUUGGAGCAGAUACAGUGUGUAUGUUAUAAGGGAUGGGAAGGGUCAUGCACAAUUACAUGGGGCUCACAAACCUCUUCAUAUAAUCUACAAUGAUUUAGUUCAUGUGUAUAUAUUUUACUUAAACUAUUAAAUAAAUGAUGGUUGUGUUUGAGCUGUUUGUAAAUAUCAGUUAAUAUAACAGUUUAAGAAAGUCUUGUCGGAGCUUGUUUUAAUGUGAUGGCAGAUUAACUUGUUUUAAUGUGAUGGCAGAUUAACGUGUUUUAAUGUGAUGGCAGAUUAACGUGUUUUAAUGUGAUGGCAGAUUAACGUGUUUUAAUGUGAUGGCAGAUUAACGUUUUUUUAAUGUGAUGGCAGAUUAACUAGUUUUAAUGUGACGGCAGAUUAACGUUUUUUAAUGUGAUGGCAGAUUAACUUGUUUUAAUGUGAUGGCAGAUUAACGUUUUUUAAUGUGAUGGCAGAUUAACUUGUUUUAAUGUGAUGGCAGAUUAACUUGUUUUAAUGUGAUGGCAGAUUAACUUGUUUUAAUGUGAUGGCAGAUUAACUUGUUUUAAUGUGAUGGCAGAUUAACUUGUUUUAAUGUGAUGGCAGAUUAACUUGUUUUAAUGUGAUGGCAGAUUAACGUGUUUUAAUGUGAUGGCAGAUUAACGUUUUUUAAUGUGAUGGCAGAUUAACGUUUUUUAAUGUGAUGGCAGAUUAACUUAUUUUAAUGUGAUGGCAGAUUAACUUGUUUUAGUGUGAUGGCAGAUUAACGUUUUUUAAUGUGAUGGCAGAUUAACUUGUUUUAAUGUGAUGGCAGAUUAACUUGUUUUAAUGUGAUGAACGAACUGUUUGCUCCCAAACAGUAAAAAUGAACAUGUAAUGUAUUUGAAUAUAUUGAAACCCAAUGUAGAAUGUUGCAUUUUAAUAAACAUUUUGUACAAUCAUACAUUGUCAUUUUCUCUGACAUUUUGUAACAACCUCUCUCCCCUACUGUUGUACAGGAUGUGAUCAGCUGGCCACCGGGAACAGUGGCUCCUGGAACUACAAUAGCAAUGUCGUAGGAGUUUGCCGUUACACUGUCAACCCCAAUACUAAUACUGAUGGUGAGCGAAGUUCUAGACACUGCAAUUUAAAACAAUAUCCUGUCACAUUGUGACCCAAAACCAGUCUAUAAAUUUAGAUUCUAUUUUGGUUUGUUCUUAAAAAUGAUGGUCUGAUUUUUAUUUGCGUUUAAAUUUUUAAAAAUGUUUGCUUAAGCUGUCAACACAUUCAGACACAUUCUUCUUCUUUACUUUUAUGUGGUCAAAUCAGGUGCAACUAAAUCUAAUAAACUAAUUAUAAUUAACCUUUAACUAAAUUUUAAUUAAUUAAAAAAUCUUAAUCAAACUAGGCAAUAGAUUUGUGCUACUUUGGCAGGUCAGAUUAUCUUGUACCUGGACAGCCUCACUCUGAGAGCUGGUGAAUCCUUGAAAGUUUUAUCGGGAGUUGACAGCUCCACUGUUAUCGCUCAGUUUGAAGUGCCAGCUGGUGAAACUGCAGCCCAAGAAUUUAACCUUUUGCAGGUUCACGGAACAGCUCGGGAAGGCAUCAGGUGUGUAAUCCUAACUCUCUCUCCUUUUUUUUUUUUGAUGCUUAAGUAGUUGGCAGUUUUAUUUUCCCAUGAGUUUGUCUCUUAUAGCUUUACAGGUACAUUUACAGCUUUGCUGAAGAGUUUGUCAUGAUCUGUUAUCUGGUGUCAUGAUCUGUUAUCUGGUGUCAUGAUCUGUUAAGCUGGUGUCACAAUCUGUUCAGCUGGUGUCACGAUCUGUUAAGCUGAUGUUAAAAUCUGUUAAGCUAGUGUCAUGAUCUAUUUUAAAGCUGGUGUCAUGAUCUGUUAAGCUGGUGUCACGAUCUGUUAAGCUGGUGUCAUGAUCUAUUUAAGGGCUGGUGUCAUGAUCUGUUCAGCUGGUGUCACGAUCUGUUCAGCUGGUGUCACGAUCUGUUAAGCUGGUGUCAUGAUCUAUUUACGGGCUGGUGUCAUGAUCUGUUAAGCUGGUGUCAUGAUCUAUUUAUGGGCUGGUGUCAUGAUCUGUUAAGCUGGUUUCAUGAUCUAUUUAUGGGCUGGUGUCAUGAUCUGUUAAGCUGGUGUCAUGAUCUAUUUAUGGGCUGGUGUCAUGAUCUGUUAAGCUGGUGUCACGAUCUGUUAAGCUGGUGUCACGAUCUGUUAAGCUGGUGUCAUGAUCUAUUUAAGGGCUGGUGUCAUGAUCUGUUCAGCUGGUGUCACGAUCUGUUCAGCUGGUGUCACGAUCUGUUAAGCUGGUGUCAUGAUCUAUUUACGGGCUGGUGUCAUGAUCUGUUAAGCUGGUGUCAUGAUCUAUUUAUGGGCUGGUGUCAUGAUCUGUUAAGCUGGUGUCAUGAUCUAUUUAUGGGCUGGUGUCAUGAUCUGUUAAGCUGGUGUCAUGAUCUAUUUAAGGGCUGGUGUCAUGAUCUGUUAAGCUGGUGUCAUGAUUUAUUUACGGGCUGGUGUCAUGAUCUGUUAAGCUGGUGUCAUGAUCUAUUUACGGGCUGGUGUCAUGAUCUGUUAAGCUGGUGUCAUGAUAUAUUUACGGGCUGGUGUCAUGAUCUGUUAAGCUGGUGUCAUGAUCUAUUUAAGGGCUGGUGUCAUGAUCUGUUAAGCUGGUGUCAUGAUCUAUUUACGGGCUGGUGUCAUGAUCUGUUAAGCUGCUGUCAUGAUCUAUUUACGGGCUGGUGUCAUGAUCUGUUAAGCUGGUGUCAUGAUCUAUUUACGGGCUGGUGUCAUGAUCUGUUCAGCUGGUGUGCAGUUAAAACAGUGCAAGCUAUGGAGCUGGUUGAGCAGGGAUCCCCAGCCAAAGCUGGGAGCUGGCAUUUCAAGUGGUGCCAUGAAAUGAGUUAAGAACAGAGGAGACAGCUUUUAAGUCAUUAUAUCAAUGUUUACACCAAAGCCAACAUGGCAAACUCUGAAUUCAAACCAGGAGCCAAAAUGAUCAAUGAUAAACAUUUUCUUGUACCGGUAUAUAAUAACUCAAAAGUUUAUUUUUCAAACCUCUACAAGUUCUCUUGGCAAUUCAAUAAAAAGAUUAGAAGAUUAUUUUCAGAAUUUAAAAUACAUUUUUACUGUUUUAAGGGGUGCGAGAAUUUGUUAAAUAAUUUGUAGGGUUUGCGGACAUAUUUAAGGUUGGAAAACCAUGAGCUAGAGUUUUCACAUGAGCUAGUCCUUUAAUAAUUAAGGCAAACUACAAUGUGAACAGAUCACUGUUAAAAAAUAAGCAUGUCAAGGGGACAGAAAGUGCCACCGAGGUCUUAUACGCCCAUCAUAUGUUAACAGUAUCGUAAGUUUAAUUAUUUAUAUGUUAAAAACAUUAUAUCUCUAAGUAUUUAUAUGUUACGAAUGUCAUAAGUUUAGAUAUUUAGAUGUCAACAAUAUCUCCAUUUGGCAGUGUUGAUCUGGCAAGAAAUACAGCUGAAACAUUACCAAGUAAAACUUCAGUGAGAUAUGAAGUUGUGAGCUCAGGUAAUGAAAUUUUUUUUCUUGUGUUGUGUUUGGUGAAUAUUGGAUGAUAGCAAAAUUAACUUACAGGUCCAGUGAACGUUUUAAAAUUUUUUGGCUUUUCAGAAAAAGUUUCUAUCAGUUUGUUUGGGUUAUAUGUUAGGGGAUUUAAAAAAUAAUUGGAAAAAAAAAACAUCUGUACAUUUUUCUUAAUUCUUCGUAGUACAUAGUGAACUCAUAGUACACUGGCAUUAAUCUUAGUGGAUGGUGAACUCAUAGUACAUUGGCAUUAAUCUUGGUGGAUAGUGAACUUAUAGUACAUUGGCAUUAAGUUUGGUGGAUAGUGAACUCAAAGUACAUUGGCAUUAAUCUUAGUGGAUAGUGAAUUCAUAGUACAUUAGCAUUAAUCUUGGUGGAUAGUGAACUCAUAGUACAUUGGCAUUAAUCUUAGUGGAUGGUGCACUUAUAGUACAUUGGCAUUAAUCUUGCUGGAUAGUGAACUCAUAGAACAUUGGCAUUAAUCUUGCUGUAUAGUUAACUCAUAGAACAUUGGCAUUAAUCUUGCUGGAUAGUGACUCAUAGAACAUUGGCGUUAUUCUAUCUGGACGUUGCAAUCAUUUUGGAUUAGCGUUACUCUAAUUGGAUGCACACUAAUUGAAGAUUGUCUAACUCUCUUGAAUCUCAAACUAAUAAAAAUAUUCAGCAUGGGACAGCUUGUCACCCUCAUGAGUAAAAUUAGCCAUUAUUUAAUCGUUUCUUUGAUUUAGUUGCAAUAAAUUGAUUCACAGAAAUGUCUCAAGAUACAAAUUAAAAUGAACAAUUAUUUUUCUUUCCUUAAACAUUUUGAUUGCUGGUGAAAUAUGGAGUGUAUAAAAUUAGCUCAAGCAAGUUUUAAUUUUAAUAAUAUUUGUUGAGAGAAAAUUCUUAAGUUAUACUUAAUUAAGCUAAAGAAUCCCUCCCCCCCCCUCUCUCUCUCUCUCUCUCUCCCUCCCACUUUCCUUCUCUCUCUCCUCCCUCCUCUCAUCCCUCCUCUCCUCCCUCCUCUCAUCCCUCCUCUCAUCCCUCCUCUCCUUCCUCCUCUCGUCCCUCAUCUCCUCCCUCCUCUCGUCCCUCUCUCCCUAUUUCCUCUCCAUUUCAAUCCAUCUCACCUGCCUCCAUCUCACCUGCCUCCAUCUCACCUGCCCCCAUCUCCCCUCCUCCUGCCUCUUCCCCUAUCCCCCUCACCCCCCUCCCCUCCCCCACCCCUCCCCCCCCCCCAGAUAAAGCCUGGCAUGUAUGGACCUUUUGGUCUGAUAUAACUUUGUUUUCUUGUUUACAUUAUAAUGUCUACAAAUCUUUCUUCCGUGAUUAUUAAUCCUCAGUUUGUGGAGGCGUGCUCAAGUCCAAGGGUGACCUUACCACCCCCAACCACCCCAAUGUGUAUCCAAUCAAUGCCAAAUGUGCAUGGACCAUCAAUGAUGCUAAAGCCGACCAGUUGAUCCUGCUGACGUUUCAAAGUCUCAAUCUGGCCCCGGGCCAUUCACUCAAAGUGAUAGAAGAUGACACAGUGGUGGCCGGAUAUGGUAGGUCUCGACUGUGUGCCACUGCAUGAGGUUGUCUGAGCUUAAUUCCAAGGCUAGUCUUAAACAUUAAUGUUAAUUGUAGAAUUAUGUGGAUACCCUUUUGUUCUAUACAAUUUUUGGAAUAAAUUUAUAUUUACACCAAAAAAAAACAACAUACAUUUUUUUAUUUUGUUUUUAAGUUUGGUUGUUAAAUUUUUUUCUCCAAAAAGCUGCUAAGGUUUACAUUAUUUAAAUAAUAUGCACAGAAAUUCUUUCUUCUCAUUGUUGAAGAUAAUUCUGGUCCAUAUUCAUUUCCAGGAGGACAGGUGACGCCAACAGCAGAUCUGCUGGUCAAAGCCACCAAUGUAACCAAGAUAGAGUUCAACUCUCCCACUGAAGGGAACAGCAGCCAGGUGGGAUCAGGAGCCAAAGUCAGCUAUCUAAGACCAAGUAGGUUUGUCUGGUGUUUGAAAUUACAGUAAAUUGCUUGUCCAGUGUCUGUAAGUUAUAUGUUUUUAUGGUGUCUUUAAGUUAGUUGUUUGUCUGAUGUCUGUAAGCUAGUUAUUUGUCUGGUGUCUGUAAGUUAGUUGUUUGUCUGGUGUCUGUUACAAGAUUUGUUGGAUAUUUAAUACAAAACUAACAGUAGUUAUAAAUCAGAAUGAAAGAUGAUUUCCUCUUUGUCUGUGUUAAGUCAGGGGCCCCCCAGGGCUCGGUGCUGGGACAUGGAAUUUCACCCUGCCAAGGGCUAGACACUGUCAGUCUCUACAAGUUGUACUGCUCUACACCCCCAUCUACACCCCCAUUACGAACUGCAUUGCCAUAUACUUGAGUUAGUUUCUUCCGUAAGACAUUGUUACCAUUGAAAGAGAGGUCUGCUGGGACGAGCAUAUUAACAAUUUGUGCAACCAGGCAAUCAAGACCCUAGAGUUUUUAAGGCGAAAUCUAAAGAUCGGCAACUCCAGUGUGAAAGAAAGAACUUAUAAAGCCUUUUUCCAGCAUUUAGAUUACACAUCUUCAGCCUGGGACCCAUUUACCUAGAAGAGAGACAGGUUGGAGAUGGUCCAGUGACGGGCAGCACGCUUUGGCCUGAACCGCUACAUGAAUUCUUCUAGUGUUGGCAUCAUGUGAAAAAACUAGACUGCUCACCAUUGAAGGAAGGAUGACGACUAUCCAGGCUCUUAAUGAUAUACAAGAUAAAUGAUGGACUGGUCCACUGCUUCAGCAUUAAACAGAAAGUCGUCCCUCUCCCCAUAGACAGCGACGAGGCCAUGACAGGCAGUUCCGGCUCAUACCAGCAAAAAGCCAGUACAGGAGCUGCUCAUUCCUGCUAAAUACAAUCAGGGACUGGAGCAAACUUUCAAAAGGAACAGUUGAGGCGACAACACUUGACACAUUUGCGUCUAUUGCCUCAAGCCUUCCAAACCCCGGUUCAUCGUACCCUCGCUGAGUAGCAUUUGCAACCAUUGAAAUAUCCUCUUCAACAUCAGGCUCAGAAAUAUUGCAAAUCCCAUCUGCAUACAUAGGAGCCAGAAUGAUCAGUACAUUGAUCAUUUGCCCUUAAUAUAUAGAAGAAGAAGAAGACGGAAAAAGAAAUAUAUUGUCUUUUUUUUUCAAGCCUAAACAAAUCUUGUUACACUAUUUAUUUACUUCACACAGCUUGAACACUGUCCAUUGUAUAUAUUUUCUAAUAGCAACAGUCCCUUGUAUACAUUUUCUAAUAGCAACAGUCCCUUGUAUACAUUUUCUAAUAGCAACAGUCCCUUGUAUACAUUUUCUAAUAGCAACAUUUUAUAACCAGUUAUGCACAUUUUAUGCAUCUGAUGCUCUAGUGAGCAAUGUUCUUAUUGAAUCUUUCAUUUCUUCCAUGUAAUCCCUUUCAGCCUGUGGAGCCAACCUGACAUCUAUUUUCUCAAAUAAUGUGCCUGUCCCAUCCUCCUUGCCUGACAACAGUCUCUGUGUGUGGUCCAUCGAUGUCAAGAACACAACGGAUAAAACCAACUCAACAAAUAUUAUCAGGUUCAACAUCACCACCCUUGAAAAAAAUACUACCAUAAUGUGAGUAUCAGUGGGGAUUAUAUACUAGAGAACAUAGUUCUAUACUCUCAUACUGUCAGUAUCAAGGGAAAAUUUACCUGAGAACAUAGUACCCACCAUACAGUGGUGAGGUAAUCCAUUAAUGUGGUUUUAAAAAAAAAAGGACUGGGUCUCUCAUCUGAUUUUAUAAUUCAAAAUACGCUAUUGAGCCUUCCUAACUUUUCAUAUGGUUGACGUACAUUGUAUUGUUACACUGUAGAUAGUGUUUUUGUGUGGCGAAUACGAGGUUUAAAGCUCUUAUAAAGUAUAUGGAGACAUACAUAAAUUGUUACAACUAAAUGCUGUCUCAAUGGAGCCUCAUUGACUGCUUUAAAUUAUCACGUGAGAUCAGACAUGUCCCAGUUAUUGCCUUCAUUUAUCAAUAUGCACAUAUUUUCAAACAUUUUAACUCUUUGCAGUUCAUAGGUUUUUUUCUUCUUUCUUUCUUUUUUUCUUUUUUUUUAUAAGAUCAUCUCACAUAAUGGGAUUCCAUAAAAAGAGUAGCAGACUAAUACCCAUAAUGUUGCAUAUUUAUUUGUCCUAAAAUGAAUGGAGAUUCAUGUUUUUUAAAUUGUGAUUAAAAAUGAUUGUGUAUUUUCUUACAAUCAUGAUUGGACUGAGAAAAUGUUUUUACAUUUUAACAUUUUUUCCACAAACAACAUACUGUGGGGAGAAAAAAAAAAGAGGAAACCUAUAGAAGAAAAAGUUUUAAAAAAUUUUUUUUUUAAAUUCUGCAAUAAAAUAUACAAAAUCCAAAAACAUUUUUUUUUGCAAAUGCGAAUGUUAGUUGUUUAAAAAUAUAUUUUUUUGGUGAAACAUGCGUAAAUAGUGUUUUUGCGGUUAAAUUUUGACAGUGACCUUAUUAUACAAAAUUAUUCCAAUACAAAGUUUAAAAACAAUUUUUUUAUAUUUAAAAGUUUAUAUUUAAUAGGAAUACAUUAAAAAUUUAUUAUAAAAAAUAACUUUAAUAAUUUUGUUUUUAAAUUAUUGAAAUAAAUUUUAAUAGAAAAUAAAUAAAUAGAAAAAUAAUAAUAAUUAAGCUAGAGCUUACAUAACUAAAUGAGGCCUAAACAUACAAAUACACAAAAAGUCUAAGAGUCUUCUAGGCUUAGGGGAUAUUCUAACAAUCAACAAUUAUUUCAAUUAAAUAGAAAUGUUUUUCACAUUUCAAACAUUUAAUUACCAAUACAGUCUGAUGCUCUUUCUUUUCGAGACAGUAACUCUGCAUCAUGGAAUUAGACUCACGUCCAUAAGUAAAGAAAAACAAAUAAAGUGUCCUGUAGUUGUUAUUUUCUCCCAGUUAGUGUACAGGUGCUUCUUUUUCUUCUCUCAUGUGGUUGGCAUACGCAUGGGUGUAGUCACAAAUUUUUUUAAUGAAAUCCUGAAAGAGAAAGAAUUUUGAAGAAAUUUCCUGUGUACGAUAAUUGGUUUGUAUGUAAAUUGCAGGCUAGCAUGACAUAAAAGAAGGAUUUUAUUGAUAUAACACAGAUAUAACAAUAUUAUAAUAGUUGUAAUAAGAAAAUAAUAUAUUAUAUUAAAAUAAAAGUGAUAUUUAAAAAAAAAAAAAAAAUAAACAAGCAUCAGGCAUAAAACCUAAAUCCUUAGGCCUAUGCCUAUCUCUCAUUAGUACUGCAAUUAUAGGAUCAAAUAUUCCUUACCUGCAGUUUUUAAUUUUUGCAUCAUAUUUCUAGUCGUCUGCUUUUCAGAAUCCAUAAUAUUAAGACCAGGUUUUCUUUUAGGGAUAAACUUAGGUAUGGCCUGAGGGGGACCCUGGUCAACAUCUUCAUAAGUCCACGUCAAUUGUCAAUGUAUUAUUAUCUGCACUGAUUAGACAAAAAAAUAUUUAAAUAUUAGGCUAUAUGAAAUAAACUACCUAUUAACAUAUUUUAAAAGGAUAAAUUAGUAACUUCAAUUAUUUACUCGUUAGAGUUAGUCAAAACACAAAGUCAACUAUGAAUGCUAAAAUCAGCUAUUUGAUCAGCUGAUUAUGUAAACAAACACUUUUAUUUAAAAAAUUUUCAAACCAAAACACGAUUGGAAAAUAAAAUUGUCAUUACAAAAUUGUAAGAUUAUAACUAGUAUCCUAUUAUUAAAUUGCAAACUAUAUUUUUUUAUUCAUCAAAGUUAAUUUCAUUGUUUUCUAAGUCCAUUUUGUCAUUUAAAAUAUAUAUUUUUUUUCGAAGCAGCUAGCUCGUUUCGAGUCAUGACAAGAAAACAAAAUGGAUGACGUAAACUCGUAUCGGUCGCGUUUCGUAAAAAAAUAAUUUUAUUUAAAAAACAAUGAUAAUUAUAUUUAAAACUUUAAUUUUUAUAAAUUUAAACCAUUUUACUAUAUUACUAAUUUUACUUAACUAAAUAAAAAAUAAAUAUUUUAUUUUUAAAAAGUUAGCCCCCCUCCCCCAAUCCAGCAAAAGAGCCGGAUUCCUCUAUAGUUGGACCGUUAUGAGAAGCAUGCAAGUAAUUAAUUUCACAUAGAAUCAGAGGUUCUCCAAAUCAUUUGCCAGACACUGGUAUACACUUCUGCCGUCAUUAAAGUGCAACCACACUUAGUUUGGACAACACUGCUCUACAUAGAAUACAUGCUUUAUAUUGAUCACCUGCUCUACAUAGAUCACCUGCCCUACAUAGAACACAUGCUCUAUUUUGAUCAUCUGCUCUACAUAGAUCACACAUACAUAACAAGCUUGGGCCGAGUACAAUGACUCUAAGUCCAUCAUGUCUAUUAAUCAUCUCUGAAUUUUGAUUUUCUUUGUCAGUGUUUCUUUUUCAUGACAUAAUCAAAACCAAACAAGACUCCGGGGGGGGGGGGGGGGGGAAAAAAUUUACCCUUUUUUUAACAACAAUACAAAGGAAAAAAAAAUUUUUUUUUUUUAUUCCUUGUGUGAUGGAGCCGUAACCUAAUUCAGUUUUACAUUAAGAAUCUCACGCAGUAAGGUCUCAUCUGAUCAAACUUCUGACCAUUGUUUGCUGCAAUAUUCUGUAGUUGAGAGGAAUAACUUAUGGCUGUUCAUUGGCCUCCACAGCAAGCAGUCUCUGAAGAUCUUUGAUGGAGAGUCUUUGAAGAAUAAAUCUCUGGAAUUUUCUCUCAACCAAGUCGGCUAUUCUCGUGGUGACCGGCUUAUCAUCAAGUUGGAGUUGACCCAGGCAUUGCCAGGCGGAUUCAACAUUUCAUUUGAAACCAAAAGUAAGUCGAUCAAAUAUCUUUUGGUAUAAAUAUCAGCGGUGAGGUUAAACGAGCAUAAAUCAGACCAGCAAGAAUAAAUAAAUGAGACCAAUUUGAGCUAAAUCCAAAAUUGUGUUGACAUGAACGUGAUGUUAUUUCCCUAGCAAAGUAUGAAUUAUUUGUCACAGACUGAGCUUGUAUUUUUUUAAUGGGAAUUUAUUGGUUUGUUCAAUAAAAUUCCCAAAAUUCCUUCAUGAAUAAUUUAUACAUUUUUUACCCCGCAUUUUUAACUGGAUCUCAUUCACUUUGCAUUUAGUGACCCUCAAAAUUUUGAUAAAGAAAGUCAUACAAAAAAAUGUAACCUUAUUAUUUAUUUUAUGGAAAUAUAAUUUUUUUUUCACAUAAAGAAACCUGCUCUAAAGAAAACAAUCACUCGUUAUUUCUAGCCCGAUAGUUAAUAUUAUGAUGCAACUUUAUGAAACAGUUACCAACUGUAGAUCUUGUACGAAAAAAAGAAGUCCAAUGUUAAAACUAUUAGUUGGAGAAAAUUGUUUACAGAGCAAGUUUAAAGAAGAAACUUGAAGAAUUUAACAACCGGCUAGUUUCAUGCCUAACUUUAGUCUUUUUGUCACUUGUUAUUUUGAAACUACUGUAACUUUAUUUCUGUUUGUAUUCUUCAUGCAUGGCAUUUUAUCACGUUUCUCCCAGCAUGCAACUCUACCGAGAAAUGUGAGAAUGGAAUCUGUAUGAGGUCUGAAUGGCUGUGUAAUGGCAAGAAUGACUGUGGUGACAACACGGAUGAGUUAAAUUGCCACGGAGGCCCCACACCUGCUCCACCAACCACUCAGAAACCCCAAGAGGCUGAUUACAGUGGAUGGGGUGAGUAGAACCUCAGCAUCUCUUAAGAAUUCAUGACAAAAGCUGUUGUAAUUUAAAUCAAGUUCAUGCUUCACUUAGAUUUGUAACUAAAGGGCUAGCCAUGAUAGCAGCUUUGUAAAGGGCUAGUCAUGAGAGCAGCUUCAUAAAGGGUUAGUCACGAGAGCAGUUUUGUAAAGGGCUAGUCAUAACAGCAGCUUUGUAAAGGGCUAGUCAUGAGAGCAGCUUUGUAACGGGCUAGGCAUAAGAGCAGUUUUGUAAAGAGCUAGUCAUAACAGCAGUUUUGUAAAGGGCUAGUCAUGAGAGCAGCUUUGUAUAGGGCUUGUCAUAACAGCAGCUUUGUAAAGGGCUAGGCAUAAGAGCAGCUUUUUUAAGGGUUAGAGGUAAGAGAAGCUUUGUAAAGGGCUAGAGAUAAGAGCAGCUUUGUAAAGUGCUAGGCAUGAGAGCAGCUUUUUAAAGGGCUAGUCAUGGAAGCAGUUUUGUAAAGGGCCAGAGAUAAGAGCAGCUUUGUAAAGGGCUGGCCAUGAGAGCAGCAGUGUAAAGGGCUGGUCAUGACAUGUCAUAAAUUCUGACUGUAGUAUCUUCUAAACAAUUGCACAGAAGAGAAACAAGCAAAAGAUAGAAUGAAAAAAUAAUUGGAAUGUCAUUAAUUCAAUUAAAGACAAAGAACUGAAAUAUUGGCAUUACUCCAGAUCAAUUUUAGGAUAUGCUUGGAAACAUUCCUAAACAAACAUUAUAUGAUGUACAAUACUAAUCACUUCCUUACCUUGGAGCUUUUUUUUUUUCCCCAGUGAAAUCCGGAUGGAUACCAGCCUGUCUCUUCAUUGGAAUAUUAAUAGGCCUUGUGUUGUACUUUGUUGUGCCUAAGCUGUACCGCCACAUCCGUGGAAGGGGAGGCAACUAUAGCAGGAUGGGAGAUGACAGGCCAGUUGUGACAUAAUUAAAGAAUGAUUUCUGGGAUUUUAAGGGAGAUGAUAUUGCCAAGAUUGGAGGGCAACAAGUUUUUUUACCUUCAAAGAAAGACAUUUAUAAUAUUCUGGACUCCAUUUUGUUUUUGCUAAAUAUUUUAAUGAAAUAAGUUUGCUAAGUGAACUUUUGAACACUAAGGUACAUUUAUCAGGUAAAUUUAGAGUUGAUUUGAAAGUUGUAUCAACUGCAACAUGACUUUCAAUUAUGUCUAAAUCAUUUAACAUCCACUCCCUCUGAGAUGAAAGUUCAAUAUAAUCAGCAUUUAUAUACAUAGAGAUUUCAUUAUGUUUUCUGUUUUUCUCUCUCAAUUUGGAUGAGAAAUGCAAAUUUGGAAAAAAAUUGCUAAUGAGCCUUUUUAUUUCAGUAUCCAUCACUGCACAAUUUCACCUCACUACAAAUGUUUAGAUAUUGAUCUACCUAAUUUAGGUUAACAGAUUCUUUACUUGAUAGAGUAAGGAUACCUCAUUUAGCUAAAAAGGAGGUUUGACAAAAAAUAUAGAAAUCAUGAUUCUGUUUUGACAUCUUACACAACGUACUGUGAAAUCAAAAACCAUGAAACAGUUUCAAAGUGCUAAUGCUGCAUUUAAAUAUUUUUUUUUUUUUGGUAGUUAGACAGACUCAAUACAUUUUAUCAGUUACACAACUUAAAAAUGAAUUCAUCCAUAAUUGAUUCAAUACAAACAAAUUAAAUUGUUUUCAAUUUUUUUUUCAUUUUGUUAUUGAAUUGCCAUUUCUAAAUUCUCCUGUUUAAAGGCAAUAAUUAUUAUGUUUCAUUUAAAACAUAUUUCCAAGAUUUUUUUUUUGUGCUCAAAUUUUGAGCUGCACUUAACUAGCGGAAGAUCAAAAUUUUCUCUCUAUUUUACUCUGAUUUAUCCCCAUAGUAUUGUACUUGCUUCUACUGGGCUAUAGUGAAUGUUUAUACAAUGUUGUAAGUCUUGUAACAUCAUCUUCAAAUAAUGUUGAUUUAAAUCUUCAUUGCAUUGAAAGGUUGUAAUUUAUUUUAUAUAAAACGAAGCCAUAUUUAGUUAAAGAAGUAGAUUUUUUAGUGGGGUUUGAAACAUUAAAAUAUAGCUUCUUAUAUUAUAUAUAUAAUUAUAAUAUAUAUAUCCUAAAGCUAAAUCUGCAGCAUCGCUGAUGACAUAAGUCGUUUUAUUUCCUCCUAAACCUAUUUAUUAAAAUUUAAAAAAAAAACAUUCCAAAAAUUACGUUGACAAGAAGAUUUGAUGUUGAAUCAAAAUUUCUUCAGAACUACAUCAGCUGUUUAUGAUAUAUUAAUCUCUAACCUGUUCACAAUCUAAACAAAAAACUGUAAGAUGAAAGAAUCUCAUGAAUCGGUACUCACUUUGUCUCAUAAGAGCAUGAGUGAUUUCAGAGAGUAAGAUGUGGGAACAAUGUCAUUGAUAAAUAUCUGAUCAAAUAAUAAUUUUGUAGUAAGAAAUAGCAAUUCUUUAACUUUUUAAUUUUUUUUCCCCACUAAAUAAUGAAUAAAAAUAAUGAAUCAUCAAACCCUUCCUUUCCCCUACCAACCUAUGGUCUAAAAGUUGAUAUGUGUUUUUUAAUGUCCAUAUUAUGCUUGACUGUGAAGAUGUUUUGUUAGAAAUAGCUUGUUACUUAUAAGUAACUUUCUAUCCGUCUGGACACAUAAGAGGUGUAGUAUCUAGUAACUAACCAUUCAUAUGGGCCAGUGGGAGAUAAUACAUUUAUUUCAUGUUGAGCUUGUGCUCAUCGUUAAAUAAUUGACUACCGUAUUUAUUGGCGUAUAACACGCACCUCAUUUUAAGAAGGAAAUUUCAGGGGGAAAAACGUAACAUUAUAUUGACGUAUAACACGCACACAUCAUUUGCCCCCUAUUUUCAGGGAGAAAAAUUGUGUGUUAUACACAGAUAAAUACGGUAUAUUAAAUAUGACAGAAAAUUUCUAUUACAAUAUUCUUUUGAUUAGGGAAAAUCUAAUCAUGACUUAAGUUUGCAAUUUAAACAAAAUCUAAAUGAAUAGUUAAUAGCUUGCGUUUGUAUUUUACUAAAUUUUUCAUCAUUCAAAUUCAAGUAUUUCCAGAUUUAACAAAUUUAUUUACUGUUUAUUUUAAUCUGCAUGUUUUUUUCUUUCUUUUCUAUCUUUAUUGACGUUUAUUUCCCUUUUUGUUCUACAGCCAAUAAAUAUAAAAAACACAAACUUAAAAUGGACAGGAAAUGAAAUAAAAUAUGCAUGCAUGGACCAACACUGCCUUAUUGUGCUAGAUGUUCUGAUGAGCUCUUCCUUGUCCCUAAUUUCAUCUUGACUCGCUGAUAGUGAAGUAAAUUUUUUAGGAUUUGUGAAUAGAAAAUUGAGUAUAAUAUCCUUUGUUUUGGAUUGGGCUCUACCCUGCCAUUUUAUCUCUGCUACAUAGUCGAGUUCUAUGAUACUGCGGUGGUAUCUUGCAUUUAUCAGUCACAUUAGUUUUGAAGGAUGCUGUCUUGCUUGAUUUAACCCUUUGCUGCCUUCCCUAACACUGCCAGGCUUUGUUUAAACUGCUUUGUAUCUCUUUAAUUUUUUGGCUAUAGUGUUCUUUUGAAUUGGGUAAAUUUUGGAUUGGUGAGAAUUUUUACAAGAAAUUUGUUACCUGCUUUAUCUUAAAAAUUAAAAUUUAAAAAAAAAAUGUUAAGUAACAAAUUCUAACCGCAGUCCUUGAAGUUUCCAUGAGAUGUUAGUUAUUCCCAAGGAGUUGAUUGAUGUAGCAUCAUUAAAAUUGCCAUCUUUUGAGAAAUUCAGGCAAAUAUUAUAUUUCUUUGCUGUUCCACCAGCUUGCUAUAUGAUCUACUAAAACCUUUAAGUUGUGUGUUGUGUUGUAGUUCAGAUGGGUGCAGUUUUGUGUAUCAUUUGCUUGGAAGAAACUUCUUGCCCCCUCUUUUUUUAAUGCUUUAAAUGUACAAGUCUAAAACAGGUUCUGGUAUGUAGGGGGUCAAUAUUUUUAAUAAAAGAAACUAAUGCUAUGGGCUUAAAGACAGUAGUUAACUAAAACAGUCAGCAUUUAAGCAACAUUGGGACAUUUCAACCAAUAUUGGCAUUAAUUCUCCAAACACACCUUAUUAUUCCACAUGGCUUGUGGUGGCACAUUUAAUUACAUGCACUUGGUCUUGGGUCUAAAAGAAAUCAUCUCUUACAUCAAGAAAUGUAGUCUUUACAUCAAAAGAAGGAAAACAUUUGAUGAUCUGGCCAGAUUUUCAUAUUUUUUUUAAACAUUGAUUUCUGCUUUUUAGUAUAACUGUUUGCUAUUUCCCUUCCUUAUUUUUUUUCAUUGAAAUGGAAUGUUUGUUUUGGAUGUUCUUUUAUUUGUUAUAAUUCUCAAACAUUUUAAUUAUAUUUGUGAUCAAAGGUUUUUUUGCAUAUUAAUCUCUUUCCCCAAUCCUUAGUCAUAAUCAUAAUCUUUAAAAAAAAAAUCUCAGACAAUUUAGUUAUGUAAAAUCUGAUGACAUCAUUAUUAGAUGCUCAUAAAAAUGUGCCUUUGAAAUUGUUGACAACUAAAAACGUAAAACAAGUGAUGAUCCAUUGGGAAAUCAUCAUGAGUAAGAGGUACAGAAUAACAUUUCAAAUAGCAGUUGUUAAAUCCAUUCUAGUUAAUGGGGUCAAUCUUACCUAUCAUAAAGACGAAAAUUAAUUUUAAGUUUAGCCAUUUAAGAAAAAAAAACAACUAAAAUUGUUGAAGUGUUUUAAUUUUAGAUUGCACGACAUUUAUUGUCUUGACUUGCACAAAUCACACCCCCCCCCCUUUUUUUUUUUAAAAAUAAAAAUAAAUAAUAAUCAUGUAAUCAAAUAUUUUUGUAUAGAAUUUAGCUCCAGCUGGAUAAUAAUAUUAUGUGGGCUCAAAAACUGUUUAUUAAUUCAAUAGUUUGGUUUUUCAGUUUCUGUUCCUUAUCUGAUCUUUAUAUUGUGUAAUUAUUCUACUUAGAAUUUGUUGAAGUAGCAUUUGCCAUAAUGUAGUGUUAAAGAAUAAUUUCUAUGUAAAUAUCAUACAUUGUUGAUAACCUAACUUUUGAACAUUGUUUCAUUUGCCGUUAAAACAUUUGCAUUUUAAUUUUACUCCCAUUCAAAUUUCUAGUUAUCAAAAUCAAAUUCUUCCAGAAUCUCAAUACCAAAGUUUUUGCCUGUAACUUUAAUCUCAGUUAGGAAAAAUAUUUACAAUAAAUUUUGAAAAGCCAAAAACUUUAAUUUCUUGGUGUUAAAACAAUCUCAUUUUUCUAUUUCUUUAGAGGAAAUAUGCAACUGUUUUGUAGGUUUAUUGUUAAUACUUAAAAUAGUUAUUUACUUUUUUUUUGUCUUGACAAUGACAUCGCUCUUCUUGAUGUCUUUAUCAAAAUGGGACUUUCAAGUUAAUUGUCUUUCUCAAAUAAUUCUACAAUGGAAUCAAAUGUUCAAUAAGAUUUUUGUUUUUAAAGAUGAACUCAGAUUAUUUAUUCAGAUUCAACCCCUUUCAAUCAAGAUUAAUAUAUAUAUAUAUAUAUAUAUAUGAGAGUUGUUUGAGUUUAUAAGAGUUGUUUGAGUUUCUUGGAUUGUUUCCUUUAAUCCUAUGAUUUAAUUCAGUUUAUUCCAAACUUUCAUGUUUAAAGUUUAAAUAAAAUUUACCAAAGUUUCAUUAAAUCGUAUGAGUUUCUAAUGACUUGUAACAAUAAUUAUUCAAUGAUGUUAACAUCAAAUAGAUGUU